AUGGCUGAUGCUGUAAGACAUGAUUCAAUACUUUUUGUUGUUUCAAGAGACGAAACCCCGUUGCUUGUAUUCGUUCAACAUGAUUUAUCUUGUAUCUUCGGAAACUCAGUUUUUUUUUUCAAAACUUUUUUAUCGUUAAAUGGCGUUGAAAUGCAGACAAGUGUUUUUUUUGUGCACGCGUGUAGGAUGUAGAGCACUGUGUUAUAGACGUUAUUUAAAAACUGUCGAUCUGCAGUUUCUUGCGUCAUAAAGUUUAGUCUGCAUUUUUGCGUAUGAAAGACAACGGUGUGUUUUUGCAGAACGCGAAUUAAGCUUAUAAAUUGCUGGACUUUGGUUUUGCAACGCAGUUUCACGGGGGCCAGGAAUAAAACGUGUGGAUAACCUUAUUUGCUUAACCAGUAAAUGCAUUCGGACAGAUAAUACCGAACUUGCUUAGCAUCGCACACAAUUUUGUGAUGUUAACACAGUCAUAUAAUUUUGAUAAUGGAACACGCGCAGUCUUCGCUUUUUAUAGGAAUAAGCAGUUUCAUCUGACUUUUACUAGUGUCCGAGUAUAUUCCUGGGGCAUUAUUUUUAAACAAAAACUAAGGUUUUCUAAAUUAAAUUAGUCCGCCUGUAAGUAGUAGGUGAGAUUUAUUCCUGCUUUGAUUAGCUUGAACAUUUUUAGUUUUUUAUACAAAGCGUUAGGCGGUGAUUUUCGCACCACGGACGAAUCUUGGACCAGCAAAAAAUGCCUUCGACAUAGCAGAGCAAAAGUUGUAUGAAUUGGUUGAAGCGUUUGCUCGCUUGUGUCCUAUAAGUUUCCGGGAAUGAAGGAAAGUUCAUUGUGUGUUUUUGAAUAUGUCCUGAGACAGUGGUUUGAUAACGUCGUGUAUGCGUAGUAUGUGGGCCAUUAUCUAAAAACCGAGACUGCAGGCUCUAUAUCACUAUUCCCAAUUCUAACGAGUAGUUAAAAUUCCAUGAAUCCAGAAAAGCAGUUGAUUUAAUGGUAUUUUCCAUCUUCCACUCUAAACUAAGUCAAUACUCAUCUACCAACGCCAGGCGCAAGAAUAAAAAAUCGAAGUCAAGCCACUCAGUUCAUUCGCAAUUAAAAUAUACUCACAGAGGAACAUGAAGAGCUGCCAUUUUUGAACUGGCUUGUAAUGUUAACGCCAAAUUUAGUUAGCGAUUCACUUUACUCUACUACUUAGUUUCAGUGUAAAACGUGCAGCUCCGUAUCCUGCUUAAGCAUUUUAGCACAAUGAGCACAAUCGAUGCACUAUCUAACUUUUAAAAUAGAACUGCUCACAUCAAAGCAUUCGUACGUCAAAUAUAAGACCGCCAGACUGAGCACGCCACACGUGAAAACUAAGGUUUCUUACCACAAUCGCUUAAGAAACCGAGUGUUCGUUUUCAAGUCAGAGUUAUCAGUAGUUCUCGCAUAGUUCGUCACAGGGUGAAAAGUGUAAUCUACGGAUGCAGUUACUUGUGUCCGUUGCUAAUUCUUAGUUGAGAAUGACAGCUGUUAUGAUAGCUCGUUAUCCUGUAUUAUGGUUCAUCCGCUUGGGUCUACGGGUAGUAAUGUCCAGACUGGCUUUUAUGUGCCUUUUGUCUUCUCAAAUCUACCCUCAGGCGCGCCAAAUCAAAUGACAGUUUCUGUUAAUGCAAGUCCAAGACAGAGUGAGUAAGGAUUUAUGCCUUUAUCCGUGUUCAAGGCUGAUCUUUUUUGCCAACCAAUUGAAGGCAGACUGUCUAAGUCUCCCUUCACAGACAUCCUUUCGAAUAAGUCGGAAGUACAUCUUUCCUGCAAAGAAAACUAGUGGAUAUUUGAAUUAGGAAACAAAUGCUUUGAGGGUACAAGAGAAUGAGCGAAUAUUGACCGUCAGACACCAAGAUUGUACUAGGUUUCUGCAUAUUGAGCGAAAAGUUCUGGUUGUGCCGAUUUGAUCCUUAAAGCCGUGAAGCGGAAAUUAUUCUAGGUUUUCAGCGUUCUUGCAUAGUUAUAUCAUUCUCGUUUAAAAAAAGAGCAAUGGCACGAGAUACCAGAAUAAACCUAACUAUGCCCUCAAGGGUAUGUAUUUUUAAGAAAAUCAGUUUUCAUUACGGCGUUGGAUACAAAGGAUAACAUGCACACAUAUCCUAAAUGUUAUUUUUCUUGGGUUGGCGCUAUCAACUGCUCAUACAAUCUUUUCAAAAGAAAAGUGAUAGCAUAUAAGCGAUGGGACUUUCAUAAAACUAGUACACACCCGUGUUGGCGGGUAAUGAUGUAAAGGUAGCUUACGCAGUCCGAAAAUAAGACGCUUCUUAAAACUGCACUGCAUGCCUACCUCUGCAUCACAGCUGCGCAAUUUAUCCAAUGAUUUCUUCCGUUUGCUCGUCAGUGUUUUCCACCCAGUUUGUUAAGGUUGAUAUCUUGCUGGGAUUAGGCGAAACAUCCUCGCACGAAAAUCCGGCAUUUCUGUCGAUAACGCAACCUCCGUUUCUCAUAACCUUCAACUUACGCAGGCAGCGCACUUAGUUAAACGGAUUAUUCAAGAUAAGAAAUUAAAAAAACCAUGCGAACCUCGACAGAAGUUCUUCUACGGUAUUUUGCGGAAUUCCUCUGUUAUAUAGAAAAACAAAGCUGCAAAUCCCCAAAAAGCACUGAAUUUUUACGGACUGUUUCCACUAGGUCGUUUGGUUGACCUAGCUAUUUGCUUCCAACCCCAAAUAUAAAAUGCAUGAUUUUGAUAUCUUUUUAAAUGAAGGUUUUGUUGCAAAAAGUGCCACGGGUGUUAUCUGAAAUAAUUUUUAGAGAGGCGGGAUUAUCUGCCUUCGUCUCUUGAACUGCUGCAAGUUGUCCCUCCUGUAUUUACCCUGGCUGGCAUUCCAGAGGUUAACAGUCCACCGAAAAGGUCAUAAGAAUAGUUCUUGAUAUCGAUGGGGAAGUCCAUAGAGAUUAAAUAUUCAUAGUAGGAGUCCUCAUGGAACUCACUUUUCAAAACGAAACUACAAUAACUUGCCCACGAAACGAAAUUAUACAACUGCAAGUUAUUUAUAAACUCAGCUUGAUUAUAUGGUGACACUGCCCUUACUUUAGUAAUUUUCAGCUGGGUUCCUAAAAAUGUCCGCAACGUAUUGCGUCUCAUCCAAAAACAUCCAGAAUUAACACAUCAUAAUCAUCGAAAAUUUAUCAGGAGGAUGCAGUGAAUGCCAUAAUAAAGCAAAUGCGUUCUCUGCUAUUGAUAAUGUGUCUAACAAGUUUCUCUAAGACACACACACAAGCGUGUGUUUCAGUGUUAUUUGUUCAGUUUCCUGCCACUUGUGUUUGUCCUACUACAGACGAGGCCACACCAGUGCUAUAUGACAACGCUUUUACUCGCGGACUUUCGCCUGUUAACUAACUAAAACAAUCUCCAUAAGUGAUGGGCUGAAAUCCGAUGAGAACUUCGGUAUAGUGUAAUUGUUGGACAAAAAAAAACAUUCUCGGUUGUUCGCAUUCACGAAAGUCAAAGAAACUAUAUCGUGACAGAAUGCAUUGUUCUCAGGUUUCCUGCGACAGCAAACAUAAUUCACCUGAACCAUUACGUCAACAUUACAAGCCAUCUUGAACAUGGCAUGACUGCCUAGUCAAACAAUGCGUAUUUCAGCCCUUAGUAUUUUCAAAAAUUCAUGCUCUAACUAGGCGUGAAUCGGUCGUAAUGAAAGUUUGUAGAUACAGUCCGAAAGUUCAUAUGAAAUAUAUGGCCAAAGUUCAUCAACCUCAGCGAGAUAAUCCCGUGACAUUCAUAAAAUUCCAACAGGUAGCGCUUGAGGAACGCUGGGGGACCCACUGAUAAUCCGAACCCAUCGCGGUUGAGUCAUGUUGCAGCAGAGUACUGGCGAACAUGUGCCUGGGCUCUUGGUACCUUGCUGUCAGUAUUGUGAAAAUCCUAUAAAAAUGCUAUACGUUUUGUGUAUUGUUAAUAGGCAAGUUGUUACCUGCUCACAUAGGCCGCUUCAGCUCAGAAACUACGAAUUAGGACUCAAUGGUCCAAGCUGAACCCUUCAAAAACGUUUCCCAUAUAUGUCAACCUACCCAUUUUUUAAUUUUCCCUCGUGAUAGUGCCAUUGUCCUACCCCUUACCGGUAUCUUUAGUCUAACGUCCAUUUCAAUCCACAUGCUGAGUUAGGCCCUAAUUUUAGUAACGUGAUUUUCAGGAAAACGAAAGUACGGCGUUAAUGAUCGAGGAGUGAGUUUUCGUUUGCCACUGUACGUUACCUCUGCUACAGUAAACCCCAGAUACCUUUGAUGGAAGGGGUGCGUGCAGCCGAGCACGUUCUCUCCCUCUUUCUGGACAACAAAUUCAAUGAAGCGAAGGAGACAGCCAAAUCAAUGUGAGUGUAACUUUCUCUCAUCGUAUUCGGUCCCGCAUCUCUUAUCUCAUCAGGAUUGAUCAAAGCAUCUAUCAUGCAGUCUCCUAUGGUACAAUGCUUCACCUGCAGGCUGCAGCCACUCUCGAGGCGGUACGUCUGAAUUCCACGUAUUUUCCUAGUUGGCUGGUUCUCAUUUCCUCUACUCACUUGUCUUAAGUGUAGGAGCCUUCAGUUGUGGCGUUUUAGCAUGUCGCUUUUUGAACUUGCAGCAGACUAAUCCGAGCGGCUCUGUCACACGCAUGUGCACGUGCUUAAAUAUGUCACCCUGAGCAGAUACCUAGCCCGCAACUUGGUCUGCAACCACUAACCCGCUACGACAAGGCGAUUUUCGAGCUCAGCGAGCACAUAUAGUGGGAGGUGAUCAAACUGGAUGGUCGCUUAAGAGCUAAGUGCGCAGAAGAACUCAGAAAGGUCCCCCUCGGCUGUUGCAUAGGUCUUGUUUAGGGUGCCCUUGAUGCAGGUUUCCAGCCGCUGUUUUACAUUUUGCAAGAGCUUGCAAAUUACAAAAAAUGGUGUGUAAAAAAUUUUUAUCUUUAUGGAAGGGAAGAAUGCAGGUUUUACGUGAGUUUUCGUUCGUGCGAAUUUAUCAGCCUAGGGUCUGAUAAGUCACGUAGUCUAUUACUAAGAAGUUGACUAGCGUUACUCCCAAGUAUACUGUGUAGCCUAAAUUUGUUGUAGUCGCGCAAUUAUCAGGAUGUUCCUUUGUUAAAAUAGCUUACAGUAAAUGUAUUUAAUGUCUUUUGGAAGCCCCAAGAAAGGAUGACGGCACAAAUGUUACUUUAAAAUUUUUCGGAAAUUCAAAACUUGAAGUUCAGGGUAAAAAAGUAAAAACUUACUGACCUGUGCAAUUAAUGCGAGGAGUUCAUCGUUUUGUUUACGCGUUAUGAGAAGCAUGCUACGGUUUAUAAAUGAAUCAAAAGGUGUUCUUACCUGCACAUAAAUUAACUAGUCAUUUUCUCCUUGUGAAUCUUACAAUGAUAACUGUGAGGAUAUUCGUUAAGAAACCAACUUGCGAAGGCGUAUAAAUAGAUUUUCGAUUGCGUUCAAUAUUAGUCAGUUGUUCGACCGCACUUAGUCUUUAUCACUGGAAAACCAAUGGACAAAAUUUCCAUUAGCAUCCGAUUAGCCUCGGUGCAUACAGCGUGUCUGUCAAGCAAAUUAUUGUCACUUCAGAAAUUACUGAUUUAAUUUAAUAAGCACGAGAAAGUUACGCUACCCAGAAAUACAUUUUAGCUCCCGCAAACAUUCCCUUUUAAAAUUGUGUAAACCUGAGGUAGAAUUUAGGUGGGUUUGAGACUAUUGGGUCAUCGGGCAUAUGUUGGGUUUUUAUGCAACCACUGUUAAACAGGGCCAUUUUAAGGACUUUUAGUAGAAUACAUUCGUUUUAAUACAGCCCGAAGCAACCACACUAAACAACCGCCCAGAUAUAAUGUUUCACAUCAGGAGCUUGUCAUAAACAAGCCGUGUAAAUUAAUAGAAGACAUUUUCAACGAAAAGAGAAUUUGAAUCUGUAUAUGCUGCAUAAUUUUAAGCAUUGUGAAUUUAACUACAAUACAAAAGCGUCCCUAUCCCUGUAUUAGAGUAUGUUAUAACCGACAAAGACAAGGGAGACUGGAAUGGCCAUUUCUGGCUUAUUAGCCUUCGUAAGCCGAAGUGUGGAACACCUGGGGUUCGAAAUCGGGACCUGCUAGUUAGAAGUCCACGCCCCUAACCAUUGAGCCACAGGCCCGUUGUCCUUAGAGUAAGACAUCUUGGCUAUCACGCGCGUAGUCACUAGUAGAACGUCUGAACAUAUGAAGGGACAUAACUCCGUAGCAGUCAGCUGCUCAACGAAGACUUCAAAAAAAGCAAGACUUCCUGUUUAACCAGCUUUUUGAUGGAGACUUAAUCGCGAACUCCAACAACCUCUGUCUAUCUAAGAACUUCAAAAGCACCUUGAAGUAACGCCAAAAACGAUUAUCCAACAUGACAGAAGUGUUUGAGAAUAGUUUAUGUGUUACUUCGAAACACUUUUUGGGCGCUUGGUAGAUAUUUGUUGCUACGGUUCAUGGUUGAGGUCCCAUAAAAAGUCUGAUUAAAUAAAAAGUCUUCUUCCAAGAAAAGAGUGGAAUAUUACCUACAUAUUAAUCUCAGCUAAGGAACUAAUUACCCGGAAAGGCUGAAAAGUAUAAUGGAACUAGAAACCCACUGCAGGCAAGUGGAACACACUGACUUCGGUAAAAAUUGAUUUUGAAGUUCGUAUUUUGGCUAUUUAGAAAAUUACUCUUGCAGAAGGCGAAUUAAUUUUCAUUGCCUGGAUGGAACAGGGGCAUUCAUCAUUCUACUGAAGGGGUGUCCAGUUUUCUUGUCACCCACAUUCUAAAAGCCCGUUGAUUGGGUCGCUUCUCGGCUGCGAUUGCAUGUCUUGUACCCAUGCCUCUGUAAUGGAUGAUACCUCGACCUUUUGGCUCAUGGUAUCUGUUAUUAAAACGGUCUGUAAAACGCUUUGUGGCGCCACAAAAAAUACUCUACAAAAGACUGACGAAAGUUUUUCUGAGAUCUCCGUGCUCGUUCCUCUCAUCUGAGAUAUGAGUUGAGCUUGAAGCGAAAUCUUAAAGGCUUUUUUCCUGACUACGGCUUAUAAAAGAUUAGAAUAAUUUUUUUUGGGUAAGAUUGGGUUUGGUAGCCCCACAUGAUGGACACAGUGCUGUUUGGGUUGAGUUUAAGGGUUAGCGUUAGGGGUUAUGGUUAGGGGUUAGGGUUAGAGUUAAGGGCUAGGGUUUAGGAUUAGGGGUCAUAGUUAGGAGUUAGCGUAACAAUUUUCAACCUUUCGACGUACAACCGCGCACUCCCAAUAGCUUUUCUUUUGCAUACAACCACUUGACCUCGUCGCCUCUGCGUUCCCCGGCCCCAUUUGUAAAAACCCCUAUUACUACCGGUCCCAUAUUAGAGGUCAUUGGGGUUUGUUUACUUCAGGUGGGGCUACAUGACCACAUCCGACCGUUUUCUGUAGGAAGCUAAGCAUUUGUUAAAACCUUGUGUUUGGUAUGCUACCGUCUUAUCGGAAGCCACGGUAGUCUCUCCUGACGAUCAGCACACCGUGUUUUUACAAUUCGUUUUAAUUGUGAUAUUAACAUCCGAAUUCCAAUAGCAAAAAUAAUUUGCCAAAUCACGACAUACUCUUCCAUUUUCAUCUAUCUAUAUUGGUACCAUCUUCCUCUUCCCGGUAGUUUAUGGAUACUGUUACAAGUUCUAAACACUUUCUGAACAAUUUCUACAGAGAUAAAAGUCGUUUAUCAUUUCAUUUUGAGAAAAAUCAGUUGCAGGAUACGUGCCUCGACCUACCCAGGCACAUAAUGGAUGCCACCAUCAGCACUGUCCUCUUAUGUUAAUAUCUGUAGUGUGAUCAUAAAAAGAUAAAGAACUCAAACAGCUAAAAUGAGGUGGGCAAAAUAAUAUUGCCGAAGAAGACAAAGGAGACUGGAAUGGCCAUUCUCGGCUUACUAGGCGUUACCAUUCCUCCAUACCCGACCCGAGGGUUAUGUUACCCCUGAGGCCCGAUCAGUGACUUGUUGGUUAGAAGUCCAACGCCAUAACCAUUGAGCUACGGGCUCGUUGUCCUGUCGGUUACCCUGCCUAUAAUGCUAGCCGCUGAGCGGCUGUUAGCGGGGCUCAUGCUUGAGCCCCAAGACAACGGGACGGAUGUGUCCCGUAACGUGAUCGGUGUGCCCAUAUCUACCACUAAAGUGGAGCUCUCUAGUAAGUAAAAGAUUCAGGCAACAUAACCAAAAAUGGAGUAAUUUUCUACCAAUCUAGAGAUUCUGCUGACAGAGGUACGUUUUACUCUAAACUUUAAAGGACUUCUAGACAUUCAUAUCCCUUGUUUUGUCUGACAUGUUUAGUCUGACCUGAAGUUAGCAACGGAGUACAUUCGAUACGCUGUGAAGCUUUGCAACAAAUAUCGCCGCCGAGUGACCAUUACGGAAACCUUUUCCAAGGCCACUCCAAAGCAGAAGGCAGCUUUCUACGCGGCCUUCACUGAUGGUAUGUCCUCUUUCUGAUUGACAACCUGGUAUUUACACCCAGGGAUUAACCGGUCAUAACUUCUCAGUCAUUUGCUAUUUGGUGCACAGUUUGUUCCAAGGCAUAACAUUGAUGUUCAUACAGUUGAGUUUAAAAAUACCUUGUUUUCCCUUUCAUUUCCAUCUGUCUAUCUAUUCCUCUUUGUCCACAUGUCAUGACGGUCCACAACAGCAGUAACCCCAUUGCCACUUAACAUCCUCACUAAUAUAUCCUCCUCUUCCUGCUCACGCUCGCCCUCCUCCUCCACCACCAUCGUCAUCACCGCUAAUGCCUUGAUCAUUUUCGAUUUAACUCCACCUCCAUCGUGCCUUCUUUUUUGUUUACAUAACGGACGGACGAAGUCUAGAUUUCUUUUUGCUCUAUCCCAGGUCAGUUUUUACUGUACGACAUGUUUCCAACAAGACGACCGCGGUGGAAGUUAACUAGGCUUGUCGAAUACUUCGCUUAAUGAUAGUGUGAUAGACUUGUCGCGACAAGUCCAUAAUUAUUUUUCUAAAAAGUUCUUUUCCCCAAAAUAUGCAGUUUUUUGCUUAUCUUCUAACCCUCUUUAUAACAAGGCUUAUUUAUCCAAAACAACCCGUUUUGCAGACACUGUGGGGUCGACUUAAAACAAUGCCCGGAACUAAGGACGUGCAUACCGAGCUCGAUAUGCAGUACGGGUUGUUGAGCAGUAGCAUGGCGAUUAUGUGAAGGAGAGAUAGAUGGUAUUAACUAGAAAUGAUGUCUAGUUACUUCCGCCUUCUUCAAAAAUAAGAGUCCGAAAAUAUAUAACAUUAAGUGCACUUAUAGCUCAUUGGUCAAGUGGCCGAUAUCACUCGACUACCGUCGUAGGCCUGACCUAUUUAACAAAUCUGAUGAAAUCAAACAUAAAACUGUUGAUUUCUUGUAGUUGGAAUAUCAAAGCCUUAUUUGCAGAAUUUACCACAUGCUAUCUAAGCAGUCCUACUAAGCCAACCUAGGCGACCACCAUCAGCUAGACCUGAAAUUGUUUUUGCAUCAAAUGACUGGAAUGGCCAUUUCUGGCUUAUUAGCCGUCGUCAGCCAGUCAUACCCAACCCCGCUAUGUGGAACACCCGAGGCUCGAACUCGCGACCUACUAGUUAGAAGUCCACGCAUCCAACAACUGGGCGCACGCCGAUCUAUUGGCUCACCGAAGCAAACAAGCUCCGUAUGGGUGGCAAACGUCACGAACAAGCAACCAACCGCCAGGCCGAAGUCGGCCAAGCCAUUAGGGCAGCGAGGAGGGACGACAGAGAGUGCGGGUUGACUUGUACAGUACUGAUCCGGGCUUAUUUUGCCUUCAUUCAGCUAAUCACAACCCUGACCAUUCCUGAGUGAAUAAAUAGCCGAUCUGCAGCAGCAGGGAAUGACAGGUGGCGAGGCAAUGAUGAACUUCGACUCGAUAAAGUGCGUAUGACCCAUCUUGUUGACCCCAGUGAUGGACCAACUGCGCCGGGUGUGUCUGUGCGCAUGUGUGUGUUUCUGGUCUCAGCUGCCGGUCAGGGUUAUAAUUGGCUGAAUGAAAGAAAAAUAAGCCCGAAAAAGCGCUGUAUCAAUCUACUCGAACUCUCUAUCAUCCUCCACGCUUAUAUUUAUGUAUAUGAUUUUACGUUGGCAUUCUAUGGUUUUGGAUGGGAAAUGUCUUCAGUUUUAAAUUCAGUACUCGUGAUUUUUAUCACUUGUUAUAUGUAAUUUGCCAAGCGUCUUAAACAACUACCGCGACAAGAUCAAUGACACUAUUUAUGCCGACUUUUUAAUAGCCAUGGACUACUGCCCUUGAGUCAUUAAACGUUUCAAACAGAAUUUAUAAGCUCUAAGAAAGGAUUUUUGGGCGGCGAAGUCGGCAGAAAUACAGACACACUAUACAUUCCCAAAUCAAGAAAGGAUGAAUUUUCUAGACGCCCUUUUCAUGUGCUAUUUCGAGCUCCUACCCCUGAUAGUGAAGGCCAUUCCCACGUUAGGGACUGACGACUAGCACCAUCUGGCGAGCUGCUUGCUUACUGGUAUUAUUCGUGUGUAGUUGCACGCGUGCUAAUAGUUCUUCCUUUCUCGCCAGGCUAAUCAAUACUCUCUCGGUGUUUACGUAUUUGUGCGUCCUGUAAGGCUACGGAGCAGGGCUGUGGAGAGUCGGUUGUGCUAUUGUAAUCGAGAACGCUUUAGUGUCUUUUGCUUUGCAUAGCGUUAACGUGCCGUCAUUACGGGGUAACCGUCACCUUUUGAGCACCUGCCCUCGUCAACUGGCUCGAGCGUUGUGUGUGUGUGAUUGUCGGGCUGCAUUUAACUUUACGUAUUGUUCCAAAUAGUUGCAUAACUUAAGCCAAUACCCCUCCCUUCGUUUUCAACCUCACGAUAACUACUUUAAUCUUUGCCCCGAAAACUCGGGAGAGGUUAAAUUAUUUAACUAAUUCAGGAAAAGUUCUUGUGUUGAAGGUAACUUUCUAACUGUACAUGGGAUUCCCGAUUCAUUGGCUCUAGGACAUCAUCUGUAUAUAUGGCGGAUUUUUCCCGAACACGCUCCAUAUUCUUCAAACAUGAACAGUUUAUCCCCGAAUUAACCAUCAGAGCUUAUCCAACGCCCCCUUUAACAUCUCUCAAGUAGCAUAACAAGCAAUCUUUUCAUAGAUACUUACGCUGAUAAUUUUUCUCAUAGCUUUUAAACUGCGGGAUUGUGGACCUGGUUCUAAGCCUGCGUUCAGUUUCUGUAGGAGCUAUUUUUUCAAAAUAGUUUAGAACAGCAUAUGACCUCCUAAUAUCUCCAAACUUUGGACCCCAGCUAAAAGCCGAUAAGCCCAAAUAUCCCCCGUUUAUUCACAAACGAACGGUCGAAUUUUUCCAUGUAAGAUACUUUGGGGGCCGUUGGAGAUUAAGAAGUUUGUCUUUUGAAAUCCUUUCUUGUCAUGAUCGCAUCAUAGUUAGUUGAAAUGUCUACUUCUGACUGAACUAAAGGCCUUUUGAGAUAACAUGAUAUGCGACACCUGACAGCACAGGUACCAGCAAAAAUCCCAGACGCGUGUUUCGCCUAUAUUCUGUCGCUGCGUGGCACAGCUGCGAGGGAUUCUGGCUCAUCAGUGGGUACCUCGGCGUUCGCUUCGUGCUUUCUGAUAGUUACUCCAAUUCUGAAAUUGUAGUCUUUCAACUUUCUUAGAAGUUUAUCGCCAACUUGGAGUAAAUCAGUCUAUUUGAGACUUAAAGGCUCAGACCGAUUUUUGAUAUAAAAUAUUUCGGCCGAAGUCUAUCAGCCACUGCGGAAUAACCAUGUAACAUUCAUAAGCUCCCAACAGAAAGCCAGUAAUAUAUACUGAGAUAGCACGAUAUACCAUACUUGACAGUUUAUUCUUAAUCUUACGCCAAAGUGAAACCGAAAAAUGUCAUAUGGUUUCAAGCAGAAAAACUACAGUUUAAAUGGUUGCCCUUCCCUAUGUAAAUCUCGUUUGGGAACUAGUCUUCUUUCUAAAACCAUACGGAAAAAUUGUAUCUCCUCCCCUUCUAAGAGGUUGAGUAAGUUAGCUCAAAAUCAGACUUACCAGGUAAGAAGUACGGUCAGCAGAAUGUGUGAUUCCUAACUAACCAUCUAUAGAAACCGCAAACCAAGCGGAUUGUGCUAGCAUACUACAUGUUCUGGUGAGAUACCGAAGUAUUAGUGAAUAUAAUGUUAAAACCUGAAUGCAAUGUAACUAUUUUCGCUUUUACAUGAUGAUAUUACUAGCCCUUUCCGUCAUCUCAAUUAAGUAGGCAGUGCAAUUUAUGCAUUUUUGAAGUACCAUACGUACGACUGGCAGAGCUUUGUGUCUUUUUAAUUCUUCAUUGCUACGUUGACCUUCAAGCCGGUGUGCCAAUGCGAGAGCUUAUAGGCUAGCUCCAUCAGUAGGAAACUACACGGCCCUUUGAUCGAAUUGUUUUCUAAUUUCAAUGCCGUUCGUCCCGGAAAGGUUUCUCAUGCACUUAUUUUCGUAAGUUGACUCUCCUCUGGGACGAAUGACUGAUUCAUUGCUGCUGAUUCAUGCCUGAUGUUUGGUCCCAUCAGCCCACGAGUGUCUGUUUCAAAGACGAUAUAAACAGUUGGCAGCCGAGUUCCAGUUCGUUGUAUAUAUCUCCGAGUCGUUUGUUUUUACCAUAAUUUGGCGAAUCAUAGACAUUUUACGUUCGAUUGCGAAAGACCAAGAAGAAAAUUACCUUCUGUUACCCACAUUUGCAAGGAGUCUCAAAGGCAUGACAAGAACCCCUCCACACAGAAGUUAUCUUUUGUUCUAUUUUUCCGUGCGACAGUUUUAUUCUAGCAGUUCUACUUUAAUGAAAUCCAUAAAAACCAAGAGGCUAACUUGCCUCUUUAGGCCGCGUCCCUCUGCGGUCCACUGUGCUGUUGGCUUUCAAAAUAGCUAUGCUUUCCAAGUUAAUAUCAUAAGAGUUGACUGCGAUAGGCGCUAAACCUUUUAAGCUUGUUCUCAAGGUCCAUUGCUUGAUUGAUUGAGCAUUUGAUUGUUACGUUGAGUAUGUAGGUAUGAACGCAGUAAGGCUCGAAUAUAUCUGGGUAUCAGGGGGUAGAAAAGUCAGGAGAAUCUGAUUUCAGAAUUGCAUUUCUGAAUGGACGGCCUUUCAGUGAGUCACGGCAGUGACGUUGCGAGAGAACCGAGACAAAUUGCAAAAGCAUAGCAGCACAGCCUACGCAGAUUCUGAAAUGUCCAAGGUUAUCUUUGUUAGUGGCGGUGGUUAUAGCACUUGAAAUACCUUUCACAAAUCACAAUAAAUUAGCGAGGCAAAUUGUUAGAGAAAUCGUUCCGUUUGGUUUUAUUUGGAUUGUGGGCCUCGAAAUUUUGGGUCAUUGAUCUUCCUCCUAGAAAUUUCGAGUUUUUCUGAGAAACUGUAUUUCAUCCCCGCUUGCUCGAAGAUUGAUUGGACUCCCGGCUGGGGGAUUUUUUACAGGAAAUUCGGAUGCUUGACUCUGGCACUCAGAGCGCUUAUUAUUUCAGUGAACGCUGGCUAUCGUAACCUCAUUCAAAAUCGGAACUGAAAAUCCUUCCCACCGGUGGAAAGUUAAUUUUAUGACCUUUUUAGAAGCUGUGACUUCGAUUUAUUUUCAGUCCAUCAAAAAAUUGUGAUCGGCCAGUUAUCACUAAAAGGUCCAAGGAAAGCCCCCAAUGAUUAUUUUAUUCAACCAUUCUUUGCCGCAACUUUUCUUAUCUCUAUCGGCUUCUCAGAUGUUGAAUAGUACACUUAAAAAUCCGACAAUCUUCAGACUGAUGGUUAUCCAUCGAUGGAUCCCAGUCCUUGUUAUUUACUUUACCCACCGGAAAAACAGUGAAACGAGUAACUGGAAGAAAGUUACAUUUGAUUUUUUACAGGGACGUUUCCCGCAAUCUUAGAUUAAUGCAUAAGGGAAAAGUUAUAACCGCACAAGUUUUACCACAAGGUCGCGAGGCUUUUAUGUGUCUGCUAUUGAAAUUCCUGUAAGAAGCGCAGAACUGCUUCUAUAGCUGGCUUCCCUUGCUGAUGUUCUCAUUUUCACCUUUUUGAAACGUCAUGCAUCAAGUGGUAGUCCGCUUGGAAUGGCCUGCAUGUUCAUUGCAUAUCUCUGACGUACAGACCUUUCCUGUUUUCUUUGAACUGUUAGUCAGAUAGAACAGAUGUUGGCAGUUUAACAUCCUCCUAUGACAUCAAACUUUUCUUAAGUAACUACAUCAUAGGCGUCUUCCCUAAACAUGCUGGGUUCAAGCAUUCGAAACGGAGAGUUAGCUCUUCCCGUUGGACACAAAGUCCUGGAAUCAGCAUAACCCAAAAUAGCUAACUAACUGACCCAGGGGUUUUGGUUUGUCAAAACUUAGAGAUUAUCUCAAUCGUUUAAAGCCAACUUUAUUUUAUUAUUAGGCGUCUUGCGCCAUGGGACCGAUAAGUUUGAGGAAUCGUUUGAAGUUUAUUAGCUUUGAAAUUUUGUAUCAGGAUUCGGAUCACACACACAGCAUUCUGGCGUUGAGACUUCCACGAUGAUCAUUUCGUAUUUUCCUCCCUACCGUCGUCUUAUGUGCAUGCAAAAUUUUAUUUACUCUACCACAGAUCAGGCUCAUGCUGAGCUGUGUUACUCAGAGAGUCUUCUACAACUUGUCUUCCUGAUGGUUCUCCAAGACGAGAAAUUGUCAACCCUAAUUCGGAGUUCAAUUAAACUCCGUGAAUGUUACCGCUGUUACAGGUGAGUUGCAUAUGGCAGGCCUAAUCAGUAAACGAUAUACGUGUACGCCAAUUUUGGUUUUUAAAUUUGAUAUUUGUCUUUAAAUUAAGCCGAACUCUGUUGUACCGUGCAUCACCAUUACCGACUCAGGAUGGGAACUUUGUUUGAUGGCAGUUAUUAGAGGGUGUCUAUAAUAGCAACUAUUUGCUACGUGAUUUAAUUUGCUUGCACUAUGAGCUGACUUUUUAGAAUUCUAGCUUGCGGACAAUCAUAUACAGAUGAGCAGACUGGUCUCCUAAAACUCCUACUCCAGAAGACAAAACCCUCACGUUCUUAAGGGAAAUUGAAUAACUGCACACUUCUCUGACUCUCCAAUCAGCCCUUCAAGGUUUAACUGCAUGCAUUUCAAAUCUCAACAUAUUGUUUAUGCGUAAAGAAACUGACCUCGAAAAAAGACUGCACCCAGAACUGCACUUCCGUAGAUUGUUGAUAUGUCUUUUUUAAUUCCUAAGAGGGAUAAGUGUUGUUUCCGAUUGCCUCGUGGAAGAACUGGUCAUCCGUACUGCUUAGUAUCGUUGCACUAUUGAUUUAUUAUUUGACUUGUCUCAUGAGUCUCGUCAACAGCAUUUACCACCAAGGUUUCUGUAUGCCUCAGUCGACAGAUUAGGGAUUUAAACCCAAGGCCAAUUUGUGCAGUUCGCACUCCUUAUCGGCAUCUUCAAAUUCCUGUUCGUUUUCUGAUCUAUUUUCUCCUGGCCGAUGAGUAUAGAUCUAUUCAACCACAGUUAGAGUCCAUAUGAAUACCCACUAUGUGACUCUUCUGUACGACAGGCAAUAAGCAACAGGCACAGACAAGAGUCUACUUUCCGUAUGUCUGUUUAUUACCAGGCCAGAUCUUCAAGUUUGGGUACCAUUGACUGUGCCGAUUUGGCAAUAAGGACAGAACGACUUGGCGCUUCUAACAUGUUCCGGCUAGCAUUGUUUAUAUGAUUAAGUUCUACUGUGUAAAAAAAUUUAAAGUUCGUCUGCAAUUGAUAUAAUAAAAAUAAUAUCCUUGUCAGCAAUGAACAUUGUGUCCAUCUCAUGUCUCUGCACGUUUCUAUUUUACCGAUAAUGUAGGUCAAAAAGUCAACGACCUAGUAUGCUCGUAGUUGACAAUUUGAGGUAUUUGAGUUUGAAGAAGGAAUCAGCACUUUGUAGACAACGCCUCAAAGGAAACAGGCAACAUCAACCUUACGUGUCUAUGCUCCUAUCUUAUUAUCUUUUACACUCCUGAUGUAAUUAAUCUUGGCCCAAAAUACACUUCACUGCACAAAAAACCGAAGGGUAACCGCCGCCGUCUGUUACGUGUAUCCACAUAUUUCUCUUGACAGUGCACUAAACAUAUCUGUACCAACGGUCCAAUAGGAAAUAAAAAGUUGGAAAUUAAAGGCUGAGUCACUUCCUCUCUGACAAUCGUGCUGCUGAUUCCGGAAACGAAGACCUACUUCGGAAAUAAAUCUUGACGACGAACGCUCCGUAGUUGUAAAUGCUAACCAUCCAAAGUUAAAUAUUUUAAAAAAUUAAUAUCAAAUAACCCGUCUGGGUGGGCAUCUCGAACAUGAGUUCACCGUUGGACACUACCGCAGCUAAGUUAAAUGAGGCGUUAUUUUUGCACCCAGCCAAUAUAUGAGAAGGAUAAGUUCGGUCGUAAACGCCAAAGAAAUCAGGUGCAACCUCAAGACAUGGCUACGGGCUGCGCUCAAACAAGAGUGGUUUUAGCGAUAAGCAGUGUCACAAAGAAUCCUGAUAAAGUAACCACCAAGUCGUAAUCCGAAUACCUGCUUAAUAUUCACGAGCUUAUUAUUUUUGGGUUUCGUGAAUAUAAACUUAAACAGAAUGUCAUUACCGACAAAGACAAGGGAGACUGGAAUGGCCAUUUCUGGCUUAUUAGCCGUCGUCAGCCAGCCGUACCCAAGCCCGAAGUGUGGAACACCCGAGCCUCGAACUCGCGACCUGUUGGUUUAGAAGUCCACGCCUCUAUCCACCGGGCCACAAGCCCGUUGCCACGAGCCCGUUGUCGGUUUUCGAUCGGGAAUAUACAGUGGUAGGGGGGGACGAGUACAGCCGUAGUGAGUUGAUUUUGCCCUAAAAAACUUGUCUAGACGAGUAAGCGCCAAAAUAAACAAACCAUCUAUGUUGUGUCUUUUCCAAUGCCAUGUGUGAUUUGUGAUUUUAUCAUUCUAUAUUCGAUACUGUUUUGAUGCAAACUAAAACAGAACAUUGGCUGUCUAUCGUACAAACUUUUUCUGCGCCUACUGAUUGUUCGUUUCUAACGAAUAAUUUUUUCUGGCAAUUCUUGCGGCCUGCAUUGGUUACGCGCAGGACCUCAUGUGAUGAACCUCUACCCAAAGUAUUCAUAAAAUGCGAGACAUAAGUAGGGAACCAUUUCAGUUUGAGGAAAUAUGGACAUCUUUUUUUAACCAAAAAUACCUUAUGUAGAACGUAGACUUUUGUUAGUAAUCAAUUCCAGAGCAAUAUAUCGAAAUCAAAAUGCUUUCGUUUUUAUCGCGUCCUCUUGCCAUAAACAAACUCGUUUUCGACUCAUUUAGAAAAAAAAAAAUUUUUUUGUUUUAACCCCUGGAGUAUGACGCCUUCAAUAUUUCGUUGUCCUUUGACACCGGAGACCUUUCGCUAUACGACAUCGUGACUUACUGGAAGUUCACCGCAGGAAGUACUUUAACAGACCACCGUGUGAUUGCACUUUGUUCAACGCUCACGAAAGAGAGACCACUUGCCACUUUGAAGCACGGUAGGCAUUUUAUUCACGAGGUGUGACAAAGCACGAGGUGACGACAAAACAACAACAAAACUGAUUUUAGGCUUCUUUUAUUCUGGAUUUCCCUACCCGAAAGCAAUCAAGCUGAAUCUGCCCUAACUGAACACAUUAAUUGAAGUGCAUCUGACAUUGUGUGUGGUCAAUUGAGCUAAACCUAACAAACCUGUCUGAACGACAAAGUAUGACCUAGCAUUGUAUCAUACGUUUGCCCUUACAGUCCUGUUUGCUAAAUUAUAUGUCCACUUUGGCUGAAAGAUAGGUAAACUGACACGUUAUGCACAAAAGGUGAGGGCAAUACUUCACUUAAAAACCUUGCACUUCGUAUUUAAUAAUUUCUUCAAAGACCAAAACUCACUGCUCUGAUGAAGCAAGUUAUCGAGAAGAAAUGAAAUAUCUUUCCAAACUAACUUCCCAAAAUGGAUACCCACAUGACUUUGCACGUUAAUGUAUGAGGCACCAACACUUAAACGGAAGAGUUAUUUCCAAUGCAACGGCCGCCCGAACACCAAAACCAACCACCUGGCUAACUCUCCCAUACACGAAAAAUGUACAUGCGUUAGUCAAAAGGCAACUAAACAAAACAUCAGAUGCACAUAGCACACCGGCCGGCAUCUACCUUGCGCACACGGCUUGUACAUCCUCAGGACAGUGUUAGUUACUUCGAUAAGAAAGUUAUUGUGUAAAAAGUCCCAUGUGCUAGUUAUGAUGCCGUUUCUUUUGGCCAAUUUGGGAAAUCUGUUUCAACCCGCAUGCAUAAAUAUUAGUUAACGAUGAAAGACGUGACCAUCCAUCCCAAGUGGUCAUGCACACACUACACACUGAGCACAAAUUCGCAUUGGAGAACACUCGCAUUGUUGGCACCUGCCCAAUAAGGAAAGACUGCGAAUUGCUGGAAGCAAUACACUCAGAUGAGGCAUUUAUCAAUCGGCAUAUCGAUUUGGAUGCCAUAAAUGAAAUCGUUAAGGGGAAAUUCAAACUGGUGCAACCAAUCCAAAAGAGGUUACGAAAUACAAUUAGCAAGCACUGGCACAAAAGUUGACCAAUAGUAGAAUCCUUUCUUAUGCACUGUUAAGAGGUUAAUUGCUUUCGUACACCCAUAGUCUGAGGACGAGCUGGGGGGAACAGCCUCGAAAGUUACACAAAAAAGUUACAGUUUCCCAAAUGAUUUCGUUUUCCUAAUUAUUUUUCUUGGGAUGCCUGUUAUUCAAUUCAUAUUAGUAUAUGUAUGUGCUUUUGUUCUCAAAGGACAUGCUGGAAAAUCCAUACCAACAAGGACUGGGGCAACAGUUCAACUCGUAACGCCUUUGACUGCGGUGUGCAUAUGGGAGUGGGCGCCUUUAACUUGGUGAGUUUUAAGAUAGUGCCUCCAAAUACUUUGGGCAACCAUCCUCGAGCCUUCGUCUACUAGGUUCCUUCUAACCUGCUCCAACUUGCAUUUUAGGACAGGAUUCGUAAUAAUGGUAGAGGGGGCGCUCACCGAUCGCGUUACGGGGCUCAAUCAUUCCGUUGUGCAUUGGGGUUCCAUUUCGAGCCCCACCAGCGGCCCCUCAGCAGGACAAAGACGAGGGAGACUGAAAUGGCCAUUCGCGGCUUGUUGGCUAUUCUCAGCCAGCCACAUCAAUCCCGAGGUGUAGAAAACCCAAGGUUCGAAUCGUGACCUAGUAUAUAGAAGUCCAACUCCCUGACCACUGGGCACACCCUGCGGUUCGGUAUGGCAGGCCGACGACGAUUAACAAGCCAGAAAUGGCCAUUCCAGUCUCCCUUGCCUUUGUAGGUAAUGUCAUUUUGCCUACAGUACUAGGUGCUGAGCAGAUGCUGGCGGGACUCGCGAUUGAGCCCCAAAACACAAUAGAACGAUCGCAACCGACAGGCUCAAUGGUUUGGACGUUCGACUUCUAACCGACAGAUCAGGUGUGUGCGCCUUGGGAGUUGUGAAUGGCUGGCUGAUGACGGUUAACAAACCAGGAAUGGUCACUCCAGCCUCCCUUGUGAUUCUCAUCAAUGUCAUUCUGCCCAUAGGACUCGUAAUGAAUGCACAAGUCUGUCAACCGCUGCUCAAGUUUUUGCCACUAUAUGCGAGACGGCGAUGUCACUCAAAAUCAUUAACGACCGCUUGGUUUCAAUUUCUGCAGAUGGCAAUCCAACUCCUUACAUUUUACUCUUCUCAGACCGCAGCCAAUUUUGAGAGGCUUUUAUUAUAGUAUUUUCCCAGGUGGCACUGAUGUACUGGGAGAUGUUUGACAAAACCCAAAGAAUUUUUAUGGUAUGGUGCGGUAAGAGCCUGUAUCUAUUGUCGAUAGAAGCAAAUAAGUGGAUUCCAGAAAGCAGUUCAGAAAAACUUUCGACCGCCGGAACAAAUAAUUUUUGGCCUGUCGUUUCGAAUUCUCAUUUGAACCCAUCAUCAAAGGCAUUCCCAGAUAAAAGUACUAGAAUCACAAGGAGUGCAAUGUUCAUAGGGCGUAGAUGCAAUUCGACCACAUGUCCGCCAAAAUCUCUGAGACUCAUAUUUCUUGCGAUGAUUGCUUGUUUGCCCGUAUCCGAGUCGUUAAUGCCCACGGUCUAAUCAUCGUUAUACGCAACCAUUUUGCAGUCAAUUGGACUGUUGGUCGCCCGAGUUCCCUCGUGGCCCAGCAAAGUCACCACAGAAUAUGGUAGGCGGAAGAGUACCGUGCUCAACAAUUUAACUGGGACCGGAGAACCAUGACUCAGGGGGUUCACGACUCACGCGGUUGUCACCCCUUGCGAAAAUUUCGGUCUUGUCAAAUUCGAUGGCGUGGUCGGGUGUCGUCGGAUGAGCCAUGACCUGAGAGCUAACGUCGGGUCUCAGAAUCCGGUCACACCUUCCAGCUCGACGAGGUAGAAAUUCUCACAGAGAAUCAGAUGGCUGAGUAAUCAUCGCGCCAGGAAUCUCGGCCAUUACCGACUCGGGUGCGGACAAACAAGCAAUCAUCGUAAGAAAUACGUGCCCCAGCGAUGAAAGCGAGCACGUGGUCACAUAGCAGCUAAGCCUUAUAAAUACUGUACCCCUUUUGCCUCAAUUACCCCUAUCUACGACAGUCGCUGAUGCCGAGUUCGAAUGGGAAUCCGAAACGUCAUUCAAAUAAAAUUCUUGUUCCGGCGAUCACAUCUUCUUCCGAGCCGGCAGCACUAACACGGUGGGCACGACUGAGGUGUUAAAAUGGCAGGGAAUUAUUAUUAAAACAGCAAAUUACUCAGACGGUUUCUCAAGAGUGACAUAGAGAUUCCUAUGAAGCCUUUGCAUUCCGAUUUCUCAACUAACUUGACAUUGCUGAAACAUCAAAAACGCAAGUUCCAGGAAGCAACCAGGGAGACGCAAUCAGUGAAACAAGAAUUUUGUUCGUCCGCGUUUAUGAUUUACACUUGAGCCAUUCAUCCGAGACAGCAACAGGCAAGACUAUUGAACGUACGGGAGGAUGCAGUUAUUAUGCGAACGUAUACCUAUCAAAUCUAAGAGUAUUCAGUCUACACACGUAGAAGAAUUGCAAAAAUACUUCAGAGAGUUUAUUAUCCAAUGAUAGUUCAUACUGUGUAUUGUAAAGGAUAAAAAAACAGACUCAAAUGUCUCGUUCCUGCGUAUAGUCAAUCGCAAUUUCGACACUUUACUUUUAUUCAACCGGGGUAAUUUUAGAAAUGCUAAUAAAUAUGGAGUUCAUGGCUUCCGCAGCCGAUCGUUGCAAAGAAAACUCGACAAGAGGCACAAACACCCGAGAGUAUAACAUUUGCAGGUUACACCUUUAUACUAAGGUACAGACUGCAGCAGAGUAUCCUAAGCUGAAUGGUAAACUGCUCGCAAAGUCCGAGGAAAUCGGAUUUUUUGCUCAUUCUGGCCCAGAAAAUUUUGGCGGUUAGCCCUCAUGUGCCCCCAUUUUUAGUAUAAUGGUUCUUACGCUUGAUAAAUUUUUGACACGAAGUUGAUUCUUGCGCGCAUUCGUCAAGCUUACUUAACAAAUGAAACCCGUGCAAUUUCGUGAUUUCGCCUGAAUAUAUUGAAAGAACUGCAGGGGAAAUUUUCCGGGCGGGAUUUUUGGGUUCUAUCCCGGAUAUGAAUAUAAAAAUUUGAGUUGAGGAUCCGCAAUUUCGACGAACCCUAAAAGACGUCAUGACGUCAGCAAUGAUUUUGGCUAGUAGCCUCAGCACAAAUCUAGUUGAUUUGCUUGCGGCCUGACUUCUAUAGUUUCUAAUAUCCCUCUAGUCAUAUAAUCAACCAAGCAUUUGGGCUUACAUCGCUUACAAUAAAGAGCUCUUAAUGACUACUUUGCUGUGACCUACAAUCGUUAAGUUGGAUCUGGCGAUCGGUGAAGCCUUCAUGGCAAACUGUUCCGCAUUUAGUUCCGCGUCCUAUCCACAAAUCUAUAGAAGUCGAAAAACUAGAUGCGCAUACUUCCAUCUAAAACAUAACUGUCAAUAGCAUAAUUUUGCGCUCGAGGGCCCAUUUAUGAUCCAUUAUCAGAGGGUGUCAGCUAAAAGCCGCAGGAAAUCGGCAAACCAUUGUGUGGAAUUUUUAGCCAAUGGCUCUUUCAGAAUCAGGUUGACUUGCUUUUUAACUUAAUAAACCCGAUCUGCCACAUUAAUCACGUGAGGUGAGCUAACGGGAGCUGAAAGGUCUUACAGGUUGAGGUGGACCCGCGGAAAACUAAUAAGAUGAUUAUUCAGUUGAACUGCUUUUUAACCCGAAGAACCUCGUUAGGUGGCAUGGUGUUGGACAUUUGUGAGUGGAAACGCAUCCUACUAGGUGAAAACUAAUUCACAUCUUGUUUUGUUCGUCAAUGAAUGUCACAGAUGAUGUGUCCUAAGGCGGAGAGACAGGUCGAAUGGACUUGCAACUGUCUGUAGACCUGAGAGAACGAUCUGUAGUGCAGCAGAAACCACAGCGCCAAACUGGUGGCAGAAACACUCAUCUAACUUCAUACCAUAUUUUAAAAACCGAAAAUCGACUUCAGAAUUGCUUUUGCGUGCCAACGGAGAUUUUGAGAAUGACCAAGCUUUUGUCCCACUUUUUGUUCAGAACUGUGACUUUCUGCCAACUAAGAACUCUAGGCUGCCUUAGUCUCAAACAGUUGAAAAGCGGGGACCUCGCCAAUUUUGAUUCCGGGUCGGUUUUAUCGUGUAAAGUGCGGGAGAAGUGAAAUGGGAAGUAGGGAACUUGUGCAUUCGGAUGAGGAGGAUUAAGGAGGAAUUAGCGGAAAUCACACAUUUUUGUCUUUCUUUUACCGCCUAAGGAUGGUAAUCAGGAUAUAGAUUGCAUGCCGGUCAACCAGUUAAAGUUACUCGUCCAGCACGCAACGUCUUAUUCCAUGGAGGGGUCUCAUAGAACCCUCAGUGUUCGAGGCUGAGGAAUGAGAAGGGAUAUGGCGCAGUCCGAGAGGGUGAAAUGAGGCUGACGGGGAUCGUCGGAAAUUCGGCUUUUUCUUCGUCCACAGUGCUCACAAGACCUAACAGUGGGAGCAAGAUUCGCACGGCUCUCGACUUUGUUCGGCCUGGACUGCCACAGAUUGACGAACUCAUGAGUGCAGGUAAAUGUUGAAACGUGGCAAAGGUACAACUCUGAGUAGCUUAUUGAUUGAUGCUGUCCGGCUGCACUGCGAAAAAUUAUCUUAGGCUGUAAAAAAUAUAUUUUACAGCAAGGUCUUUUCUCCGUGUGGAUAGUCGGGAAACAGCUCUUAAAGUUGGGAGGUAAGAGCAACUGAGGCGGUGCUGUUCCAGUCUUAUUUUGGGCUUAAAUAAGACUUUUUCCGAAAGCUAUUAGUGAGUAAGCCGCUAGGAUAUGUAUCGACAUGAAAAGGACAAACACGAAGUUGCAGACUCAAUUCCCUGCCAUCUGUCUUUCAAGAUUUCAUUUUUUUUACCAAAAUAUGGUGUGCAAUAGAUUGAUUUGAUAUUUCAGAGCAAAGUAUCUCUGAUCUGUGAAAAAUCGUCCGGACGAGUACCUACCCACAGAGCUAUUGCUAAGAAAGAAAGAGAAGCGUGACUGAACUAGCAGCCGGCUCAGCCUUCCUUGAAUUUCUCAGUCUAAUCCGCCUAAGUCAUUCAAAUUCUCCCUUACCGACGGAGGAAGCAUGCAUUUUUUCAUUGAUUUUCGAUGCCCUAAAAAGUCAAUUAUAGUUCAUGGAUAACUUGUCUAAAAGUAUUCAUUCUUCUACUCAUCCGGUAGGACAUCACGUCUUCUUUCAAUUUGCUACUCGAAAAGGGGGUAAAUUCGGUUUUAAAAAACUUUUCCAAUUCCCGAAUAAUGUUUACCUCGACCUGCCGUUACACUUGCAUUCAGGGUUUCCAAAUUACGGGUCGUAGAUUUUCCGCGUACGGAUAUCCGUAAAUUUCUCUACGGCAUUCAGAGGAGUUCAUAUGGGGUUCAUAAAAUUUUACCAAUUAUACCUUUCCCUCGAGUAUAAACUUGAAAGAAGACGUAAUUUCCUACCGAACGAGUAGAAGAGUGAAUAUUAUUAUGCAUGUUUUCCAUGAAAUACAAUUGACUUUUUAAAGUAUCGAAUAUCAUUAAGAAAAAUGUAUGCUUAUUCCGUAGUCCUUUUUUACAAAGUGUCGUUUCUGCAAGCAGCCGAAAAGAAGUUUGUUUGAAAGCCGGCAUUCUAAGGUAGCUGAAUUGUGAUAGAAUUAUCUUGUUUGGCGAUUGGUUUUACAACCCCGCUUAAUUAAUCUUUUCGAAACGAAAACGUAUUUCGGAAUUUCGCUUGACAUUUCAUGAGUUAGCCCACCUAUUGAACAGUACACUAGGGGCUGUUUCUUUCUAGGUAUCUAUAAGCUAACUGUCAUUGUCAGCCAGCCUUCAAUAUUUUAAGUUUUACCUGUCAUGGGAAGGAACUUAAUGCAGCAGUGGUUGUUUGCCUUGGCUGCAUACCGAAUGUCCGCGACUGCAAGUUCGUUUGCUGAAAAAAAGUUACGAUGAAUUUGGCAGUUAGACAACGGUGUCACUACUUCCAACAAUUUUGUCUUUAAUAAUCAUGCUUCUUAAGCGGUUUCCUUCACGUUUCUCCCGCUUUGGAAGAUCAUUCCGGGGAAGCUUCAGAAGGGAUAAUGAGAGUAAAGAUCGAAGGGUAUCGAUGUGGCCUCUGUUUUACGUGAGACCACCUCGGUAGGUAGGAUCUACUCCGGGACCGCUCUCCAGAUCCUAAUAUUGUACUGGAAUAAUGUAAUGUGAAAUCCAGCUCCACUAAAAUUUCAUAAUUUUGAGACCUUUUAUUUAAAGAGUAUUGUUCUUUUAAUACUUAAUGUCCCUCAUCGUCUGUCUAGUCACCUCUCAUUAAUUUCCUCGUAUUAUUAAAGACCUUGAAAUCUGUUUGCCCUCUUGCAUUACUUAUGAUUGUUCGCAGGAUUUUAGUCUAAAUUACUAUUCUGAAGAGGGCUUUCUGUCGUCUUCCUCAGGAAAAAAGUUGGUUUUCCAUUUGGAUGGGGCAUUCUGGGUUGCUUUGGCGACAAAGAAUAUUUUUUAUGUUGAAAUGAGUCAUGCAGAAUAGGUUGAGCGCGCCGGCCUAACCCCAUUCCGAAUUACUUGACCUUCAAUAAAAAUAUAAUAAAUAUCUUUUAUUAUCUGCUCUAAUAGGGACAGAUUUGGGGGGUGAGGAAGAUCAGCAAAGUUAUAAAGCUGGGCGCAGAGGUCUAAAGAAGUGUGGAGAGAAAAACUGGUGAGUGCACGGAGGAAAAAAGUGGAUGACUCUGAAUGAACAAAUGUCAGACUGAAAGACACAAGAAACUUUGCGAAGUAAAAAAAGGUAACCGAGAUAAACUAGCAAAAGAAAGGUGGAUGAGAAAGAGGGGUAAAGGGGUAGGCUAUCAAAGGAAAAGUUCACUGAAGCUGAGGGCAGAGCGAUAUUCAAAAGCAGUGAAGAUAGGAGCGAUGAUACUGGCGAUCAUAAUGGUUGUCGUUCGGGGGGACGAGGACCCUGAUGACAACUAAAAAGAAGAUGAUAAGGAAUGAAGAGUUGGACUUGGACAACUUAAAGAGAGAUCACUAACAAAGCCAGAUAUGAGAACCCAAUCAAGAAAAUCGAUGUGCAAUGCGUUGAAGUAACUGCUAUUCUAGUGGGAAAGGACAUCCUUAGGAAUAACCUAUUUGUUCGCCUGGUCCAUGAAAUGCAUGAAGGAUGUUUAUAGUUGGUUAGUAGCAGCGACUUCUUCCUUUGAUGGUUCCGUUUUAUUCCUUAACUUUUAUUUUCCUGAGUAACUUUGCCUUUUGGAAUUGGGAUUAUUUUCCUUUUUUAUCUUUUUCUGCAGCUCCUUUCCCUCCUUCCAAGCAAAGUUCUUUCUCUCCUCGAAAUUGUCGGUUUCUCGGGAAACAGAGUAAGUUCCAUUAUUUAGCUUACUCGGUACCCCAUCGCAUGUGGAUAAAGGGGUUGGUCGGUAUUAAUAACAAUUUACUAAUUUUUAAAGCAAACGUAUCUUGUGAAACUAAAAUUAGUGGAUACCCAUUGCGGUAACCUUUUCAGUAAACAACUUUCCAGCUCAGUAUGUGAAGAAUGAGGUUUGAUCUCACGCUCCUUAUCUAGGGAACCAAUCAAUUAAUUCUUAUCAAUUUCCAGAAUACUGCUGCUUGCUCUCAUCGCGCAGUCGUCUGUGUGGUGCCCUGACAAUUCAGUAUCGGCAUUUUAUAGUGUUUAUGGCAUGCAAUUUCGACUGUUGCGAACGACAAUGCCCACCGUGUGCCCGCAGAAUAGGGGGUACAGGGGCGGUGAUUUGUGCAUGAAUUAGCUUAUUGUGGUAGUAGACUUACGCUGCACUUACCGCACUCCCUUCUUCACACUCCGGGUUCGGUCUUGAGACAGUCAAGAAGGCCGGAGGCGCAGUGGCUGACGAAGAUAACGAAUCCACUUACGGAUGCCAUAUACUCUGGGUCCGUGCAUGAUAGACCCAAUCUUCACAUAAACAAGGGAGGAUGGCUUGUAUCCCACUGCAUAGGAGUGCCAUAGGGGUUACAUCAAGGAGUCUUUGCAACUUCACUCUUCGCCUUUACAGAAGGAUGGAGUUGUUCCAUCAAUUGGCAGACUUUCAAGUCACGGUUUUUAGCGCACCUUGGUAGUUUGAAAGUGCGUCAGAGUGUUUAAAACGAGCAAUAUGCGUUGAAAGUCGACCUCACCCUUUCUUAUCUCUCCCAAAUACCAGUCCACUGGUCAGUCAACUGAUGAGUGGAUCAGACUGACAGCUGGACAACUCGACUGCUUGCGCCACACACGGCAAACCGCGUUUUCACACGAAAAGGGGGUGGACAACUCAGAUCUUACAUGCGUGAGAGUUCUAUAGAAGUCACACUAAGGAGCAAUUGAGCUUGACCCUCAGUCCACUAGUCGGCCACUCCGUACAAAUACACUCCGAGCUGGCAGUGAGGUCUGAGUUGAGUCGUCGGUGGACAACUUUCCUGGCCACAACUUUUAGCGCACUGUGAUAGAUUCAAGCGGUCAGAUCGUUUAUAGUGAAGAAUAUCCGCUGAGAGUCGACCUCUUCCAGACGCCAGUCUGUAUGUUGGUGCUGUUUGAACUGGUUCACCAGUCUCAGUGGAUUUGCAACUGACUGACCAGCCCGAUGUUUGGACAGAUUGCAGUUAAGUCCACAUUAGUGGUAAUGGCGACGGUUUGGUGAGUGUAGUGCCUGACCGGACUUUGGAAGUUUCUCGCCAGUGAUAGAUGUCGUAAACGUGGUAAUCGUCGUCGUCGCGGGACGACGACAGGGGUGAUGGAGGUGGUAGUAGUCGUAGAGGUUGACAGCGGCUGCGUCGGUGCAUCAGUUGGUGGUGGUCGCCGUCGUGGACACCAUGAGAAUGGUGCAGGAGUGUCUCAAGGAUGCUCAGGCAGCAGGUGUUGUUGGGUUGUUGUUCCAUUGGCCAGGGGAAAGUCCGAUGAGAUCGAUCCGCACGCAGAAUGUUCUUUGGCAGCGUGGACAUACUGGAGGGUGUUGGGUGUUGGCGUUGUGGUCAGAAGCGCUUGAGACUUGCUAUCCAAUCUUUUGGCUUUGGCAGAGGCUAUCCGGCUAGCAUCGCAGAUUCUGCUCUAGUCUUCUCCGCUCUUCUUUAGGCCACUCCGGGCUAUGCGAGGUCCUCCCAGGACUCCGGGUUGAUUUUGGGCUCAUUGGUAGAUGUUUUCAGGGUGUCCUCGUAGGGUCAUUUCUUGCCCCCUUGUCGGCGAGCAACGGUAGCGACAUCUCCGUAGAGGGGUCGUUUGGGUGGCGCUCAUCAUCCAUCCUCACCAGGUGGCUACUCCACCACAGAUGAAUUUGCCUUUGCAUGCCGUGGAUGGUGAGAAUUCCGGUUCAUUCAAGGAUUUCUCUGUCCAGUAUCCUGUCUCGCCACCUCAGUUUCAGUAUUCUUCGGGGGCAGCUGAAGUGGAAGUAGUUGCGUUUUCGCACAUGUUUCUCAUACACUGUCCAGGACUUCACUUCAUGUUGCAGUUUCGUCAAGGCGACAAUUUUUUACAUCUGGAAUCUGGUUUUGAGGUGGGGUCCAUGACGAUUCUGAACUAAGGCUCUCGGCCGGCCGAAGGUCUGGCUGGCUUUUAAGAUCCGGUGGGUUUCGCUGUCGUCGAUUUUGAUACUGCGUGAUGGCGUAUUGCCUGAAGAGGUGAAAUCGUCCACGGUUUUGAUUCGUGAACCAUUGGCGAUGAUGCGCGGGUCGUUGUAUUCAAUGUUAGACGUGGUCAUCGUUUUGUCCGUUUUGAUGGUUAGCCCUAAGUUUGCAUAGCCGGAGACUAAGAGGUCCAUGCUGUUGCAUAUUCGCUUCUGUCGCGGUGUUGAGCGCACAGUCGUCAGCGAAGAGCAGAUCGCGAAAAGACGCGUUGGAGUCGGGCAUUGCGAAGCUGGCCGUCAGUCCUGUAGACGAUGCUGAUUCCAGGGCUCUGUCACCCACACACAAUGGCUGCUGCCACGGCUCCAAUCUUCCAGAGCUGCGUGAUCAGCAGUUUAUGGCAUGAACAAUAUGAAUUCCAACAUUGAAUCCUGAACCUUAGUUUCAGUCUUACGUAACUUCUUGUUCGGCCAUUAGCUAUCUACAUCAUGAUCUGUGACAGUGCGUUUACAGUUGUCAAACAGAAAUCGAUCAAUAAGUAGUUACAUUUUAUGGCUUCCAAUGGGAGAUGUAUGAAGUGGACUUUUCAACGGAGGUUCUUAUGAUAGUUACUUCUAAUAAUCCAACAUGACAAAGGCUUUUCUAUGUUCCGGGCCGAUUUAGCUAACGAGAAGGCACCUUUAUAUAAUUUUUCGGUGUUAGGUAAAUGUCCAGGAAGGUUAUGUGGGAAAGAUCUAAUUUAAAAGACACAUUCAGAGCAAGGUUACUAUAUAAUGUUGUUGUGCACCCACCGAGCGUCGGUUGGGUAUUUUCAUGUAAAAGGCGUUUGUACUUUGUCAUCCUCAUUAACAUUUCUGUUGUACUUAUGCUUGAAAACUCCUUUAAGCUCCUCAAAUGAUCGAAGACCUUUGAUAGUCGGGCUAGUGGCAAAGCAAUUGUGCCAGUGGGAUAUGAAAGAGUUACGAUGGUCAGGAUCCUCAUCUUCGGUUUACAAAAGGACUAAGCGCAUUCCACGAAAAAAAAUAAAGAAUGAAUUUUAAGCACUUAUUUUACAUCAGUUAGACUGUUUUACACAAACCUCUCGGUUUUAAACCUGCCUAACCCUUAAAAUUGGCUAAUUUUAUAAAUGGAAAACGGAUCGAUUAGAAUGGAGUCAAUUUAGAAUGGAAAUCCCCGAAAGUACAGUGUGAAUCUGCAAACGGUGUCAUUUGUGAAGAUAGUAAACCGUCUUCAAAACAAAGUGUGCGCUGAAACUCCUAAAACAUACGUCUUCACUUUAAGUCCGCUUCCAAUUUGAAAUCAUUGCUUAACUCCGCCUACGUCGCCAAUAAGUAGGCAAUAUAAUUUGGAAUCAGUUUGAUGAACAUAUCAUAUAGGCGUUUGUACUUUUCAAUCAGUUUUUUUAUCUAUGUAUGAAGUCAGUCGUGUUUACCGACCAGAAUGCAUAACUAGAGAUUGAUGGUAGAGGACGCUCACCGAUCGUUCUUACGGAACUCACUCGUUCCGUUGUGCCUUAUGAACUCCCUCUCGAGCCCAACCAGCAGCUGCACAGCGACGUAUGCUAUAGGCAGUAUGUUAUUGCCGACAAGGACAAGGGAGACUGGAAUGGCCAUUUCUGGCCUAUCAGCCGUCGUCAGCCAGUCAUGCCCAACCCCGAAGUGUGGAACACCCUAGGCUCGAACUCGCGACCUGUUUGUUAGAAGUCCACGCCUCUAACCACCGGGCCACGAGCCCGUUGCCCUGUCGGGUUUCGUUCGGGAAUAUAAAAUGCUAGGGGGCGCUCACCGAGAUUUACUGAACUAGUGUUUAGAAACAUGAAUCUUCGAGUUUAAUGUUUUGAGAAAAAGGUACGUUGUGGUGUUUUGGAAUUCUUUACUUAUGAGGUAAGUGUUUUUCUCGCAUGCUAUUCGAUAAAAAUAGUUUGUUUGGAAAAUUUCGAGGAUUUCAUGUACAUUGAAAAACCCAAAUUACCAUUUAUUCAAGUGUUAAAGGUUAAAAACAAUUCCCCUAAAAAAUAAACACAAAACGACAGAUUUGUACACAUUCCGUAAUGGAACUAGGAUCAAGCCUAUGAAUAUGUAAAUUGAGGGAAAAGUACUCGGCAGUCAAUCAUUUUUCUAGGGGUGAGCGGAAUUAUGUCUAAUUCGCGUACUGCCAUGUGUGGAUCGUUACGGCUGGCGUUGCAUUCUUUCUAUUUGGAGGUGUAACCGUCAUCAAGUACAUAGUGGACUUCGUCGCAUAGUGCGGCUUUCGUAGUUUCAACCGACGGCCAUUUAUAGCAAUACAUAGUCCAUGUUUUAUAGUUGCAUUGACUCUUUGUACUUCGAGCAGAAUAGAUGCUGUGUCAUUUUACAGGGAAAAAUGUACAAACUUAUCUCAUGUGUGAGAGUCAAAUAUGCGCCGAUUAUCGGUAGUGCCAAUUUAUUCACCUGGGUAUUUUAACAAUAAUGGCUUAUAAGUGUUCGUUUUGAAUUUGGCUAAUCAGAGUCCUCAGGGACUAUCUAGAUAUAAGGGAUUUCAGAAGGCCUCCUGUUUGACGUUUGAGGGUUUAACCAAGAUCCCCAUUGCCUACCUAGAAUACCCAAUCCAAUAAGCACCAUUGGAUCCUUAUUUCUAAUGCAUCCUGGCCAAAGAUCCUGGAACUUUCUUACCUUACCAGGAAAGAUAAUUGUAACCUUUGGACUAAAAAUAAACAGAGCUGAUAGAUAAAAGUAACUUUUCGAUAAGAGGCCUGAGUUUUGCGUUGUUUGCAAAGUUAAAAGUUCGAACUGGUUUUGAUGUUGAUUAUAAUAAUAGGAAAGUUGCAGAGUUCGGAACUACUUAGUGAUUGGCGGCAUUAACCGCCAACUUCUCGAAUUGGCGCUGGCAUUAAAAAUCUGGGCUAUCAGUUGAGCGUGUUAAUUCUUAUCCCAUUUUACCUUACUCGUGAGAAGCCCGAAAAUUCUUAUAUCCAUUCACUUGACGACAAUCGUUUAAGCAGCCAAAUCAGUUGGAAAAUUGACUGUUGCCAUUUUCCACAAAUAGACAAAUUACUCAACUACAAAACUAAGACUAUGACACGAAGUCAAGCUCUCGACUCCUAGCUGCUUCGCCUUCGACUUAUCACAGUCCCUUCCGCUGAAUGAACGUAGUAAUCGACAUUUCCGGCUUGGAAGUGAAUUAGUUGCAUUUUUUUGGUUGUUCUACAAAGACUGCAUUCCUACGGCUAUAACACAACGGAAGUUUGUUUUGCGAUCUUAACGCAAUAGCCUUCCAGACUGAGGACGGGUGCCCCUAUAACGGGCCACGCUAGAAAUGCACCAAAUGAACACCGAACCCAGAUCAAGGUACGGCACGCUCUACUUGGGCAGCGCAGAUUCCGCGAAUCCCAUAACAACUGCCACAUAUGUAGGGUACGGUAGAAAACCUAGGCGCUCACAUGCGUGUCAGCCACUUGUGCCCAAUCACUGUAUCACUUGAUUGACCGGCUAGGGCAGUAGAAUGGUGCACGGGUGAGGAAAGAGGUAGUGAAGUCGACUCAAGGGGCUCCGUCCUCACUGUAUUUCAACGCGUUUCUACACCAUAAACAAUCUGACUUUCUUCUAAACUAUCACGACGUGCUAAAAUUCGUGGCUUAGAAGGCUACCGACUGGCGGGGUAAUUUGGUUUUCCACCCAGUACGGAGGGUCAAGCUGCACUGGCUCCUUUUUAGUGUGGCCUCCAUGACACUUACAACCAGCCGCAACCAGAGCCGCACUUUGUUUUCUGUGGAUACCUUGUCUAACUUCCGUGAACCAAGCGCAUGUGGCACGCAUAGACGGACUGUGUACUGCGCCCCAUCCCACGUUCGGCCGUCCUGACUUUUUCUUGCCAUUGGGCCCCGCUGGGCAAGAGAGGAUAGAUUUCUGCGGACGCUGCGUUAGGCCGCUAUCACUGUAAACUGAUUUACGCACGGAUCACCGUCCUUGUGCCCAAUGUGCUGUGGGACACACGGUGGACACUGUCUUACGCGACGGCCUAACUGACUAGGACUGUACAAACUAGGCUUUGAAAUGGAAAUGGGUAUGCCUUUUGAUUUUCUCAUUUCGAAGCAGUUCUGCCUCAUCCAAGACGCGCUUUGACCUAAAUUCCAAUGGACAGUAACAUAUCAAACUAUCUUUCGUGAGGUGAUGGCAUGGUUGGGGCACUUUUUUCGAAACAAUGAAAGGAUAGGCGAGAUACCCCAAUCUGUGUGGAGAACGUUUAGGUAAAUGAGUAUUUAGUAGUAAUUUUCAGUUUAAGUACGGCCGUCUAAGCCUGUCUUGAAAUAAUUUCAGACUAGUUCUAUUUGCAAUGGCCCAUUAUUUCCUGAGAACUAGGAACAGAAAUGGAGAGCAGCGACACAAGUUUAUCCACCCUUGCAGACCCGUAGUACCAGAAGUGGUUCAUCUCUUGAACAACAUGUCAGCAAGAAGUUAUUUUAAUUUUGUCAUAGAAUGCGCAAAUUGCCUUGGUUAGUGGGUUAUACUUUCGAAUCGGGGUUUGCUAUUUAAUACUGACUCAAAGGUAGACUUGACUAAAUACAGUUGGUUGAUAUGCUUCUGUGCUGUUCUACAGGCCUGCCUAGUCCUCCGCAGCUGUUAAUUAGUACAUUGUUAUUGCAGGAAGUCGGACUGAAACUACUGCGUGAGGGAUCCAAAAUCCGAGACGGCGUUCGUGAUCCACUCUGCACCCUCAUUAUCCUCGUAUACGAUCUCUACGCCACGCAGAUGAUUGGUAUGUACGCAUUCCUCGAGCAUCAUCUUUCAUCUGAAUUUGAAGUAAACUUCUUUGUAUACCUUCUGGCAAACAUAUUUGUGCUUAACUCUCGAAGAAGCAAACUUUUUGCGUCCUGAAUGGCUUAAGUCCCUUUCAUAUUGGACCACAUCCUCUAAAAACGGCCAUAUACUAGUGUCACUGGUCCAUCAAACGACCGAAUUACUCCUCCAACUUUGUGCGCCUAUCCUGCGUAACUAGCAUCGACAGGGAUAGUCAGGCUGGAUAUUGUAGAUCCCGUAACCAACACUAAAAAUUUUCAAACUCAUGUCGGAAGCCGCUUAAUACCGAAAUGCUAGUUUUUUUAUUUGGCCAAGGCUUAGUGCCUAGUGACGGGAUUUGAAUCUCUGCGCAUUAUAAACAGCACACCUACCACCGAGCUAAGUGUUUGAUUUUUACAUAAUCAUUUCAUCAUUUACACUUUUUAAUAUCCUCGUCUAUGUUCUAGGAGACACAACCUGUGAUCCUCGUAAGUUUAACCCUUGACCAAUCGUCGCGUAUUAUGCCUCGUGCCCCAUUUCACGAACCGUCUCAUUUUAAAACGGAAUUGCCGGUUUUCUUCAUUCUCCCGCUAUAAACGUGCGUGUCUGCUUAUGGAGACCUUCUCGUCUAAUCACCUGGGCUGCUGCAUGUCUUACUGCUUUUAUUCUGGCAAUUCCAAUUUGGUAACAAAUACUUAUUCACUCAAUAAUGCAUUCUGUCGUUUCUUUUAUUAUGUUACUUUGGAUCUCACUAUUAUUCACCGAAAGAAAAUAACAGUUAACCCAGUGAGUUCAUUUGCGGAUAUACCGUCUAUGGGUGAAAAUAUAGCAGACUAAGACCAAUUAAAAACAAAAGAAGUCUACGACGGCGGCCCUAUCAGGCACCGAAAUUCCCAAUAAUUUCUCAGACAUUCUAUUGGAACUUCAGGCGGAAUGGACUGCUUAAGAAACCUUACCUGACAAAGGACAUCAUCUUAUACACUUCAGCAUUCUAGCUUCCGAUUAAGAAUAUUUCUUACUAAAUGCGUAAAAACACAAUCAAGGACAAAAGCAUUAUGUCCGGACUUUUCAAACUGAACUGCCAUUUCACUUCAUUCGUCCUCUAAUGGACGAUUUUAAAUUCAAGCAUAGUAACUGGACUAUUUUCCAUCAACGUAGUAAAUUGACUUCGUUCGAAGUUAAAAUAAUCUUUACAUUUUGGAGAAAAAACGGACUUACGCUAUCUGCUGAAUAUCACGACCGGAGGAGAUGAAUCUUCACCUGUUUUAUGCCAUGGCGUUUUUUAAAACGUUCCGACAAUUAUGUUUAUUAUUUACACAUAAAAGCAUGCAAUCUCUCUACAUAUAUAUGUAUAUGUGCAUGACAGAUGGUUGUAUCAGCUGGCUGGUGACAUCUAAUAAACCAUACAUGGUCAUUCCCGACUCUCUUGUGUCAGUAAUAUUACUGUGUACAUACAUAUAUGAUAAUUGUGACAGAUGGGCGAUCACUGACCAGGAUACGGAACGCUCUCGUUCCGUUAUGCCUUAGGGUUCAUACUAGAACCCUCGCAGGCAGUUGCACAGCGACUAGUAGUAAACGUAAAUGAGAUGGCACCGACAAAGACAAGGGAAACCGGAAUGGCCAUUUCUGGCUUAUUAACCGUCAUCAGCCAGUCAUACCCAACCCCAAGUGCGGAUCACUUGAGGUUUGAACCCGGGAUCUUUGGUCAUUGUUUGAAGAACUCCAUGAUCAAAGAUCCCGGGUUUGAAUCUCAAGUGAUCCACACCUAGAAUUGGGUAUGACUGGCUGAUGACAGCUAAUACGUAAGAAAUGACCAUUCCGGUUUCCCGUGUCUUUGUCCGUGCCAUCUCAUAUAUAUGAGAAAGUAAGGCGAUCACAGGAACCAGGAUUUUGUUGGCCUGAAGUUUUGAAAACAAACAAGCUUCCAUCAUUGGAAGUGGGUUAAGUACGGCACCUCACGGUACUUAAGGGUUUUUUGUGCUGGCGUGUCACUGACUUCCAGCGCGCUGCAUCACGGAGUUGGCGAUUGUUGUCAUGGUGGCAUCGGUUCCUCCUCAUCCUUUGCCGGGUAUGGGGUGGGUGACGGCGUCGGGCGACCACGGUCAUCGCUUUUGUUUGCAUUGUUCGUGUUUGUUGUCUGCCCUCCACGUAUCUCGCUUUCCUGCCCCGUUCGCACCUGCCCGUAACCGUGUGAACGGUGGUUGUCACGCCAGUUUUGACUUCGGGCUGGGGGUCCCUGCCACUGUAAACCUGCGUAACCUUUGUUCCCUUUGGGGUCGGUGUAAUUGUAGUCAAAUCAACGUGCCGGUUGGGCUCUCCCACGUCAGCCGGUGGACCGAUCGGUCGUUGCUGUUCAUGUGAGAAACAUUCGGCCUCGCGGGCGCAUCGGUGAGACAGUGUUCGGCUUUGGUCACAUGAUUUCUGACCCCUAAAUCCGCUCUUUUCCGUGGGCGUUGACUCUCGGUCCCGUGUGCUCGCUUGCCUUACUGGUCUUGUCCGGACUGAUCCAAGCUUUGUACGCAGCGCCUGGUAGGCGGGAUGCAGAUCUAUAGCUCGGUUGAGUGUGCCAGUCGAGAACCAACUUUCGAGCACCAGUCCGGCCAUCUUCUCAUUGGCUCGAGCAAUUACCCUCGCUUUCUCAAAGGCAAAAUCGUGGUUCAGUUCUCGUAUCUGACCAUAGACCAAAGACGGCUUGUCCUUGCGGUCGAUUGCAAGUUGGUGUUCGUGCAAUCUUGUACCGAGGCGUUUGCCCGUUUCACCAACAUACUUCACAUUGCAAUUUAGGCAUGGCAUGCUGUAGACCCCCGCCGACUGUUCCGUUGUUGGUGGCGGGUCUUUGGGCUUUUUGAUUUGCUGUCUGUUGGUGCAUUCGGGUUUAUGAGGCGCGCCAAUCCCAAAAGGUUUUAGGAUUCUCGCCGUCGCCUCUGAUACGUUUUUCACAUAGGGUAUUGAGAGCCAGAACUUGGGCUUUUCUCCACUCGCCGCCCUAAAUGAGGUUUUUUGAGGCAAUUGCGCAUAAAGGACAUCGGAGAGCCGUUGGCUUUAAAAAGGGCCUGCAAGUAAUUCACCUCCUCCUUCCUCCCACUGUCAUCAAUACAGUGUGUUUGAACACGUGCAUGCACGAACUGCUUCUUUGUUGGGUCUUCAGUAAGUUAAAUGUAGGUUUCUCUGUCACUGAAGACAUGGUUUCGCUUAUUGACAUAGUCAACCUUGUCCAUGGUGACGGUUGCGCCAUCUUUGCCAGCAGAAGCGAAAACUAUACUGUCAUCUAACUGCACAGAUCGCAAUCUUUUCUAUACUUUGGUCGGUAGGUUUACUGACGUUUUCAUUGCUUAAGGAAACCUGCAGCAUAGUUAAUAGCAAAUUUGUUAAGUAAAAAUGAUCUAGGAAGUCGUCGGGCAAAACUUGGAUCCCAGGUCCCUUUCCUGUACUUCCAUUCGUUGUGACUCAAGUUACUUUUGGUAGAAAAAUAGUGUCAGAGUUUUCGAUUUCAAAGAUAAAAGCCAGAGGCUCGUUAAGUAAGUUAUGCACCCUGGUUGCGACCCUGAAUUUACCCUCUAUGCACCUGCAAAUGUGGUCAAUGGUGUAUGGACACAUACUUCAACUGCGUACUCGUGGGUUAUUUUAGGUGGAGAAGAGGCUUCUGCCUUAACGGAGGCCCGUUUUAUGCUAAAUGAAUGGUCCGAUUUGGCGGCCAGAAGUGCUAUAUUCCUCUUUCUCUCCGGACGCCUGCAACUCCUGACGGGCAAUUUUGACCCCGUGAGUCCGCAAUAUUUAAACGUUCACCCAGAUUGAUUCUCUUCCCACAUGUUUUUAUUUGCGGCGGCUAGCCAUAAGUGAAUACUAUCUUUAUUGGCUGCCUUGAGCACACAAGUUGGUGGUUGGAAUUAGUUCAUAUGUUGCCAACGCUUCUCCACAAGUUAUGUGUGAAUCACGACUAAAAUGAGACGACUUCUCGGUCUUCUGUACUCUGGUUUUAUUGUGUUCUUGGCCAGAAAUAUUAAAUAUCCUUCCUCAAACACUAGCAAAUUUUGACCUCACGUAUCCAAAUUGAAGUGGCGAUUGCCACCUCUAGACUUGAUGGGCGGUCUUCUUUGAGCAAAACAUAUUCCUGGUCUUAGACCAGGUGCUUACAAAUGUGUGAUAGACAGAUUUGAACCACCAACAGACUUCGCUUAACAAGAACACUUGUUUUCUGGAUUAAUUGUACAUUAUCAUUAAUGGAUGUUCAGAUUUGUAAGGUGCCCAUUAAAAAUUCGUAAACUGGGAUGGGUUGAGUGCAUUCAUGCUCGAAAUUGCUGCUUGUCGCUAUUCGUUUUGCACAUUUAUAUUCACUGCAUAUGUCAGUCACAGGAGUUAAUUGAUAUACAAUUUAUUCUAACAUUAAUUUCAUUUUUAUGGUUUUCUGAAAAAAUCCAGCUUUUCUGAAUAAGUGCCAUGGUUUCUACUCUUUGCAGCUACUACCAAUCAUUCUCUGAUAUGAGCGAACAAUUGCAAAGGGGAAAAUUUAGACCUUUGAUUUUCCAUGCAGCCAACGCGGCUACAAGCCGAAAGCUCGGAUACAUGUUUUGUUAAUUGCGCGUCGCUGCAGUACUCCCAAAACAGGCCGCGCGAUAGAUGCACUGGACCAACACGACAGGCGUUAUUGGGGUUGCGCACUAAUAACAAAUUUCAUACAUAGAGUGUUUGGUCGCACACCUAGGCGCAGACUCACUCCGCGCCAAGUACCUGCGCCCGAUCAUGCUUCCAGUCUACUUGACUUUGUUAUGACACGGGCUCAGGUAGGUGAGGAGGGAAGAGUGCGAUAGAUGUCACGCAUUAACGGGAUCGGUGGUUCCAUCCCAUUUCGUACCAAACGUUUUUCAGCUGGGUAAUUCCCUAUUUCCCACGGUCUUUAGCUAUUUUGUAAAUUUUAUAAUUUUUCAUGGGGACUGUAAAGUCUGAUGUACAGAUUCCCGUAAGGAUUAUAUUUGGUCGUAAGCACUUCGUAGUUUAGACGAACGGAAUGAGCAAAGCCAGCCUGAUAAUUCUUACGGCUCUGCGAUUUUAUCGCGUUCGAUUUUUGUCCCAAGUGUAAAAUGACAAGUGAUCGGCUGAAUCUUCCGUCAGCAUUGAUAGAAACUGGCCGUCUAUUUGCACAAGCCCCAGGAAGGAUCAAACAGGAAGGAUGGAUUUCACGGCGACCACACUUACAAGGGCCUGCCUGUUAUAAAGAGAGAUGAGUAAAGUUUAGUGAUGACGAUCGCUUCGGGUGUCCCACCGUAUCGUAUUUACUGGAAAUUUGCUGCAAUUCGAAACCACGUUCUGCAAUUCUAUUGUCUUGAUCCCGGAAGGAACCCAGGAAAGUUGCGAAGUCAAAUGCGAUUUCCGCCAAAUUAUUUCCAGAAAGAUGUGCUCCUGUGUAGACUGAACAUUUCCGUCAUCAGCUGCCAGUGCAGUUAUAUUUUGUAUGUUUUGCAUCAAAUGUACAUUUUGUACAAAAUGUACAUAUGAUGCCAAGUUUUAUAAAUGACCACUAAAAUUUACUUAGUCUAAUGAAGAUGCUCUAUUACCUCCAACGAAUAAACGGGUGUGAUAGAAUAUAGCUUUUUUAGGUAGUCUUCACGACAGCUGGGACUAGGGAGAAGGUUACUGAUCAAGUCUAACCGUCUAGAUGGAAGAAGAGGCGUGUAGAUCAGAGAUUGUCAAAUGUACGUUUACUAAGUCCCGUAUAAAUAAUCAGAAAAAUGGGUGUUCGUACGUAGAGUAAAUUCGAAAAGUUCAGAGACAACCACAAGGUCAAAAGGUCAUACUCAUUUGAAAUUGUAUCUCAGUAGAACUGACUCUGAACUACGCAUCUGCUUUAAGUCGGCAAAGAACAUCGAACUGCAGUGAAACGUCAGAAAAUGGAAGAUUUGCGUCUUUCGGCCUGAUAGAGAUCUCAGUCGCGUCUGGAGAAUUUUUGAUUAAACAGCAUCGUGGACCACAGAUGUCGAAACCCAGGGGACAAAUUAGCAAACAUGAGUAUAUUUACGAUAAUUUCUUAUCGAAUAAAUGUAUUCAUACAGUAGAAUUGAACAUGACCAGAUUAUUAGACAAGUAUGAACAAGGUUAAUUAAAGUUGAGCUUAUAAGGGCCCCUCCCAGCCUCGAAGGUACAGGCAUUAUUCCCAACCAGCCGCAUUAUGCGCACCCAGUGCAGGUAAAAACUGUCCCUCAGACCUUUACGGGCGUUUACUCCGCCAUUUCCUCGUGUAGUGCAGGCUGAAUUGGUGGAACAAGUGGACGUUUGUGCAAAUGAGGUAAGGGAAUGAAGAACCAAUGUACGUAAACAACUCCAUCCCGACUUGGUGAGGACACCAAUGAACCCUUUCAGAUAGUCUUCCGGGUCUAAACGCAGUAGUCAAAUCCAUCAUGGCGGCAUUGACUGGCAGCGGUUGAGGCAGCAACAUGUAAAUUACACAAGCUGGUCCUGUGGUUACAGGAAAAUUUCUUGCAGACUCUGCAUUUUCCUAAGCCAUAGGUCGAUUAGUCGCUCUUCCGCAAUGAAAUGGUGGUAAGUUAUUAGCCCUAAUGCCUUCAUGAUGGCGGAUCAUGACGCCCCGCUUCCCUCAUUUUAUACAUCAUUAAAAAACACACUGACCCUUGAUUAGCCACCAAUCCGGAUUAGAUAUGACCAUAAGUUUGCCUGGUUUCGCUGGCAAAUUAUUGGCAUCGAGUUUGUGCUCGUCACUUUGUUUUCUGAAUGUGUUAGUGAUAAUUUUUCGCGUCAAUACUGAAGCUUUUUCUUAGGAAUAGAAAGUAAUCAUUGUUGCAGAGGAUUUCCCAUCUUAUAGGUCUGGCAGUCAUAAGAAGACUUCGGCCAAUAUGGCACAUAAGACAUAUUUGUAAUUGAAAUUGAGGAAAACGUUUCAAGGGAACGUCAAAGCCUGAGACCGAUUUACAAAGCGGGAGUAAGUAGCCAACCUUUCAUUGCCUAAAAGCUCACGAAGACGGACUAUCAUCAAGCAUUGCUGUAGCACUCCUCUUCUCCGGGCUGGCGGUCAAUUUGCCCGCAGAAUGAUAAUCCCAUGCAUCUCAAGCAGGGAUAAGUUUCCCUUCAGUCUACACUGGGCAAAGAUCUUUGAGUGAAUGGUGUUACCACCAUAGAAUUUUCGGCAAGUUCUUAUUUCGUAGCCGUACCUGUUAGGGAUUAGGGUUAGGGGUUCGAGUAAGUGGUUAGGGGGGUUACGAUUAGGGGUUGGGUUUAGGGGUUAGGCCGGGGCUUGUCUACUGCAGGUACGGCUACGAAAUAAGAUCCGACCGAAUUUUCAUUGUAGUGUCAGAGAAUAUAUCAAAAUGUGUCUUAGAUCCUCACAAUGUUUUUUUUAAGUAAUCCAAAAUAAAACCGAAGAGGUUCCGAGUACAAACACCGGAAGACAGAUUAAGAACCAACCACCGAUACACGUAUCGCAGGAAAAUCACUAUGGCUUUAUUCGCAAAUCCUAACAUAUAAAGUCUUAGGUGUGCGUAUGCAAGCCGCUACGGACAUCGAAUCUGAGCGUCAUUUUUCUAGAGUGAUUUUGAGAAGCAGUAAUGUGACAACCAGACAAAGCACAUUCCUUUAAAACUAUCUGCUUCGGAAACGGUUUUAUGUACCUACUUGCUAAAUUUGUUAUAGAGGUACGGAACCUCCAUGUCACUCAAGAGCAUAUGUGACUUCAUUACUAUCAUGUUAUUCGGUUAGCAAGAGGGGUUUAAAGGGUAAUCUUAAUAGAUAUCAGACCAAUUUUCGGAUGCUUGGGGUUGUUGAGCUGUUAGUCUGAAGCGUCGUUAUUUCCUUCUCUACAGUAAUAAAUUAUCUCUAUUUGACUUUAGGCAGAAGAACUCUUCUUCCAGUCAAUCCGAAGUCAAUCAGACUUCACAAAUUACCACCACAUCUGCUAUUGGGAGUUGAUGUGGUGCUAUUGGUAAGUCUGGCAUUUCAUAUGAGAUGCGCAGUGCGUCCAUACCCUGUGCAUUUCAAGUAGGUUAUAGUUUCUACCCGCAAAUAUAGAGUUAACUGUUGUAAAAAGUUGCUAACGAGACUUUGGUACAUUAGUGUUCAAGGAAAGUGGCUGCAGGCAAUGAAGUAUGCAGAACGGCUCGCAUGCGAGAGCAAGUGGAGUCAGGCCACUUACCGGUACCUCAAAGCAGCCUUGAUUAUACAGUUCAUGGAGGAAGAAGCUAAGGCUGGUAGCGAUGUAUCCGGCGACAGAUUCUCCGCUCUCAAAGACCGGCGUCUCACGCCAGUUGCUCUUUCGGGAUACGUCGUUAAUAAGGAGACGCCCAAGGAGCGCGAAAUCACCGAAGAUGCAGACGGUGGGACAAUGUCUCUUCAUGUGGAGAAGUUGCUUGAGUGUGUUGUUUAUUUGUUCGUAUUUUCACGUUUCGACCUGCAAUCCACGUUAAAACUUAGUGCUCUUGAGAAUACAGCGUACAUUUUUCUUCCUAAAAUGUCGCAAUAGGAUUUUUUAUAAGCCAAUACCAUGCGUGCCGCCUUUCACUAAUCGGUAACGAAGUCCCGAGUAUGCCUAUAGUCUGAGUUACACAAACAACAAGGAAAUGACGAAGCCGAUAAUUCAUGACUUAGAAUUGGACCCCAUAUUUUGGCCGCAAAUAAAUCGCAUCGACAAGUGUCCUAGUAAACGUUUAAUCAAAAUCCGCCAUGAGAUAUCAUUUCAGCUGUUCUGUUUUUAAAUUUGACCUGCAAUCUUUUUUCUCUUCCGUUCAACAGCGAUUACAUUUAUACUUGAAUGUACGAGUAAUUGGCCAGACGAAAAUAGAAUCUCUUUGUUUUCACAUGCUAUUUACCGGCGCUGCCUCAUUACUGCGCAACACGUUCUGUAAGAAAUAUAGUUAUCACAUUAGAUGCCCAGUUCGGAGAUAAUGAGAUCUGCAUCAAUUGUCCCUGAUAUACGAUGGUGUCUAUUGAUUUUGUCGCUUGAAACUUCGUCUACUUCUUAAUAAAAUGUACUAUCUCCUUCAUUGUUGCUCACCUACGAUCUGCCCGAAAUCAUUGAAAACUAGGUUAAAUUUUUUCAUCAAGUUUCUUUCGUGCUUUGAGGACAUUGAGUCACCGGACUUACUACUCCACAGAAGUACAUCUUUAGCUGAACUUGAAAGAUACUUCAUAAGAUUGAGUGUUGAUGCGCCUUUAUUCUUCCGUAGCUAGAUAAUAUAUAUCUCUAUGGCCAAUCCAUAUGCGUUAUUCCAGCCGCGUGUGCACUCACGCAGCAAAAGAGUCAUUUACACAGACCGUCAUAAUUUCAUUGAAUGAGUUAGACCUGAAAAUGCGGUGAAUGUGCUAUCUUGUGAAAUAUUAGCUGAAAUUCUGAAAUGCAUUUUAAAUCUGAAAAGACAAUCUAAGUAGGGUAGGCAUGCUAAUUAUCGUGUCGUAAAAUGCCAGGAUAUUGCAAUUUCGGCAAAAUACCGACUUUCAGGUGAGCUUCUUAUAUGUCGCCUGCGUAAACUGCAUUUCGUAAAAAUGACUGCUUAAGUUGUAUGAUUUUUCCCAUUGCUUUCUGAUGCCCUCAUAAAUUUUAUAGAAAACAUAGACAAAAGUACUUUUUCUCUUGCCUAUUUGGUUGCAAAUCAUGUCUUCUCCAAACUUCAUGCUUGAAAAAACAACCACUUUCCGUUUGAAAAUUUUUUACUUGUGAUAUUUUCAAUCGCGUGCAAUGUCCGGUCGUAGAGCAUCGCUUCAAGACAUUAAUUAGUGGUGCUUAUAAAGCAAACAACAUGGUCCACAUCCAUUGCAAAAUCUUAUGAGUCUUAUAUGACCUUUUGUUGAGAUAGUGUAGAACUGCAUGGGUUUCCUUACACGGAAUGUAUACAGCUUGCAGUUUGGGAACCCUGAAUGCAAGUAUAACGGCAGAUCGGGUUCAAAAUUAUUCGGGAAUCGAGAAAGUUUUUCAAAACCGAAUAAUACUCUUCAAGCAUAGACUUUGAAGGAUACGUAAUUUGCUAUGAAAUAUAUUCAAACUUAUAUGGGCAUCGAAAAUCGGGGACAAAAUCACACUACUUAAGCAGUCCUUUUUGCGAAAUGUAGUUUACGCAGGUGGCGAAUAAAAAGCUCAUUCGAAAGCCGCUACCCUGCCGAAACUGAAAUAUUCUGGCAUUAUGAGACGCGAUAAUUAUUAUGGCAGAUCUACGUAAGCAACCUUUCCAAACUGAAAACACAUUUCGGCAGUUCGGUUAGUAUUUCAUGAGGUACGAUAUCUAGUAUAGUAAUUGCAGCUAUACAUGUAGUUCCCAAGAAGGAAAUUGUUUUUAUCUCAAAGCCAAUACAGACAAAAGGAAUUAAAGCUUGCUACUUAGGCUUAGCUUCCCAACAGUUUCAGAUAUUUCACGCAACUAUACAUGUUACUCCAACCCCGUAUAUAGUUGUUUAUCGCCUUCACUUUGGGGCUUAUGUUUACAGAAGGGAAAACAUGUUCAAUUCCUAAAUGCCUUAUUUCCAGUUGUUCCACUUGUUUCCGGUUGUUCUGAUUUCCCCGGCCUGUUUUGAGAGUCGUACAUGCUCCUAUCACGAAUUUUAGUAGCAUUUUUGUUUAUUCGAACGUUUUCAAGUGUAUUUUUACUCCCUUAUAACCUUCCCUCAUACCAGACAGCACGAUCACACCGUUCUGUUAUUUUUCCUUUCUCGUGGCGGUGUACACAAUUACACCUCGCUCUGCUUGAUACAUCGCCUCGGACCCUCCACUCUCGCUAUCUCUGCCAUGCGCUCCAGUUCUAAACUGAGGUUUAAUAUUCCUAUUGGUCUUUAAACAAAAAUGCUAUGUUAUUUCAGCGCCUACUGGUAAAACAUGAGCCCUUAGAUCCGAUAUCUUCCACCGCCAACCUCUAUAUACGUAACAGCAGAUCUGUACUUGCCGUUAUUUAAGAAUAAAAAAAGAAACAAAUGAAGUCAAAGGAAGGCUUUUUCUGUCCAGUUUAUUAAGGGAAAGGUAGGCGAACGCCUUUGAACCCCCUGUUGGUUACAAUAACGUCACAAAAAACAAUAUAUAAAGCAAGUGUGAAAGAAGGGCACGUAAUUAAUUACACACAACAUGCAUGUAGUACUUGUAUGAAUAUGUCAGUGUAUGCAUACUGUGUGAAAUUUGUGAAGCAAUCAUUACGCGGUACUGAAAUGGUCCACGUAAUAUGGAAACGAACGCACGUGCUUCAGUCAGGAUUCAUUAAUUCGCAUGUGGACGUCCGAUGGACACAUCCAACGAAAACGUUAUAUGAUAGUGUUACUUACAUAUAGGGAGUAGCAUACUUUGUAACGUAUAAAGUUCGGGUAGUACAAGGGGAAAAUUUGUUAGUUCCUGAUGACGUGGUUGUACAUAUCCCUGUACUGGCCGAGCUUCCUCUUAAAUGUGUCCACGGAUUAGGACAUGACGACGCCCACAGGCAGAGCAUUUCAUGCCUUAAUCACCCGGUGGCUUAAGAAGAAUUUACUUGCGUCCACCCUUGCCCCAGUCACACGUACUUUGAGAUGAUGUCCUCUCAAGCUAUUAGUGGUGGCCGACUCAAAAAAGUCACUGAAUGUAACGCAACAAUCCCAGCCCCGCAGCAUGCGAAACGCUUGAAUUAAGCCGCCACGUAACUGUCUGUAGUUCAAGGGAAACUGGUCAAGAUUUGACAGUCGAUUUUGGUAAGGUAAUUUUUUUGACCUCUGAAAAGCUUGGUUGCCCGUUGUUGGACUUCUUCGAGGAUGAUACGGUCUUUAACAGACCAGGGUCUCCAGGCCUGAAUGACAAAUUCCAAAUAUGGCCGCACGAACAUCCUGAAGACCUUGCUAAGGCACUCUUCGCCAAACUUUGCAAAUGCCCGCUUAAUGAGAUAUAAGCUGGACAUUGCGGAUUUCGCUACUUUCAAGACGUGGAAUAAUGGCUUUAGUGAAGAUGUUAUCGACACGCCUAGGUCCUUCUGAACAUCUACCUCUAAUGGUGGUGUGUGAUUUAGAUAAAACUCUCCUUGGUGCUCAGAGCUGGUUCUCCCGAUUUGCAGAAUGUUGCCUUUGUAACAUUGAACAGGAGGAGGUAGUGACUUGACCAUCGCUCGAGUCGGUUCAAACUCGUCCGUAGAUUUGCUUCAUCGUCCUCGUUGCGGAUGUUGGUCCAAGGUUUUGUGUCGUCAGCAACACGGCAAUGUCCUAGUCCAACCCAUGGAUGCAGUCAUCAAUAUAUAUGAGGAAAAGGAUAGGGCCAAGAACGGAGCCCUGAGGUACGCCGCUCGCAACCGUCAGCUCCGCCGAUUGUUGGUCACCAAGACGGACAAUCUAGGAUCGACCAAUCAAGAAGUUAUUGAUCCACAUCAAAAGCUUGCCUCUUACCCCUAUACGGCUGAGUUUCUAUGGGUGACCUUGGUGUGGCACACUAUCGAAGGACUUCUUGAAGUCAAUGUAGGCCACAUGCACCACGUUUCCUUCAUCAAUCGCUAAGGUCAACCGUUCUAAACAGUAGAGUAAAUUAGUUAAUCAGGACCGUCCUCUGCGGAAUCCAUGCUGCCAAUCAGACAGAAGAUGAUGUUGCUCUAAAAACUGCAGCAGUUCGCGUUUGAUAAUUCGCUCCAUAACUUUGCAACAUAUGGAGGUGAGGCUUACCGGUCGGUAGUUGUUUGCGGAAGCGUGAGUGCCACAUUUAUGUAUCGGUGAAAUCCACGUAAUCUUUCACUGAGGAGGCAGUCUGCCUGCAUCGGGGGAGGCUUUGAAGAGAAGACAUAGAGGUUCCGCCCAUUCUGUGGCCAACUCCCUCAACAACUUUGCUGGUAUUUCAUCAGGACCCAGCGAUGUCGCUCCUUUUGGCUUCAGUAGUUCUUGUUGAACAACAGGUUUUGUGAGAAUCACUGGGCCAACAUAAAAAAACAUAAAAAGUGAAAGUGGUUACCAUGAAUGAAAUUUUGUAAGUACUAUGGACAAGUUUUCAAGCGUUUAAAAACUGGCGAAUUUUUAUAAACGUUAGGGCGUUUCGCAUACUCGAUGGCUUCUGUGUUGAUACGUAAGCGGAUGACUGAGUCCGCAUAGUUUCUAUCCUUCUGUUUGUCUCUUUUCAGAGGCGUCCCACAGAUGGUUCAGCGGAUAGCUGGUAAAUCAUUGCCAAUUGAAAAAUUUGCAAUGAGGAAGUCAAAACGCUACUUUGAGCAGGGAAAGCGGUUAACGCUUCCGGGUCUGGUAAGGCUUUGUUUGCCUCGUUUCUCAGCAGCCUAAUUCAUUUUACACCGUUUCUUAAUAUUACUCCGGUUUCCUGGAUUCCCAAUCAAAAAACUACCUGAACCAUUUGAAAUGUCGGUUACUUUUACAUCCAAUGCCAUAGUAAGAUGUUAUAGGUCUUGGCUUCCAGAGUUACUUCGUCUGAAAAUUACUUUUCCCACAUUCUAUAACAAUCCUGAGAGAGGAACGAACUUCGAUAUCCCCGCAGUAGAUGGGAAUUCUUAUGUGCGCAUGCUUUUAUGUCUUAGGUUUUCUCCCUCGAAAUGGAAAACUACCAUCAUCUUGCCUCUUGUCUCCUGUUUUUGCAUUUAAGGAGCUCAUGUACCUCUGGAACGGAUUUAAACUCGUCUAUAGCAAGGCCGAUGUACUGGAGAAAUUCCUUCUCCUUGUAGAAUUCAAACUCAAUCGCCUACUGGCAGAAGAAAGUGAGGUUAUUCUCUUGUGCUUUUGUGUUUUUGGAAAGAUCGGAAAGAGUGUUCAGGCAUCCUUCUUAUGCCAGCUUUCUCUUGUUACACUGAAAGGAAUUACGGGGCGUGUAGUGGACAUCUUGUAUUUGUUUAACUAUCCACCAUGUAUUCUUGGCAAUCUGGAUGCGAAACUUUAGCACCACUGCAAGGAGACCGAUGACUUACCUCUGACUAGGGGGAUACUCCACUUCACAUGCAGACUACAGGCUAUCGAAAGCAACAACGAAAUCUGCACAGUGAAGGGCUUAAGACUGUCAUGCAAUGGCCAAUGACUGGUGAACUGUGGGCUCUCAUAGCAAAUCAGAGCGUAGUGGCCCAUUUGGGGAGUGCCACAGCAUAAAGUAAUUCUAGAUCGAAGACCCAACCAUUGCAAAUAAAUUGCUCUUCUAACGCUCCUGUGUCAGGCUUGGGGCCCAAAACGCGCUUGCUGAAAUCGAUGAUUUUGCUACAUCUCUCCGGCUCUCAGAGUUUCCUUCACGGUAACGUCUAAAGACCACGUUGAAUGCUAUGUAAAGAGCGGGUUGCGACGCAAAAAGUUUAUUUUAAGUUGAAUUAAAUUUGGCCACGUCAGUACACUAUCAGUUGUUAGUAUGCCACUUCAAAAUGCGUCCCAAGCUUAGGGUUAUAAUUAAGCUUCAAUUUACGAGUAGAUAAGGUUGAUGAGUAUGUUCUACAUCCAAGGUAGAGGUGAUCAAGGUAGUGGGAUUCCUUUCCUUCGAGGGCGUACUGACGGACCAACCACUGAACUUUCUAUGGAAAAUUCAAAGAAUUACCAUCAGACAACUGUCAUCAGUCCGAAUGAUUAAGUCAGAGUGUAUAAAUGAACGAAAUACGACUUUUUAUCCGAGUCUCUGCAGUUUGUGUAAAUGGAAAACAUUGGAGGAGGUUCAGGAGGAAGGAUAAUUUUGUACACAGCUGGCCAGUUAAUUGACAUCGGGCCAUGACAUCUGUCGAGUCUGCUUGAAGUGCUGCGUGCUGAAGGCCGGCUUGCGUAGCCGGAUUACUCUCGCAUCCACCGUUAUAAGUCGACGUUGAGCAACCACUUCUGAUAGUACACAAGCACUAGAGAGACUACCUGGAAAGUUUCUUCGACUUCCAACUGGCAGCCACCAGCCGCGUAAAGACAGAACUGCUUACCAUUCUUGUCUUGUACCAAUUAUCUUGGAAUGUCUCCUCACCGUUUAUCCUUUGCACCUUCCGGUCUGACCAACAUGUGUUGCUCCAGAAUAAGUACUGAAAAGCAUAAGAGAGAAUGGGGCAGCUAUUUCUGGCUUUUUAAUCAUUGUCAACCCAUCAUAUCUAACUCCAUGUUUGCAUAACCACAAGAGUAGCUGAAAGGAUGGAUAUGUUGAAAAAAUAUCCAGUGACAGUCCUCGUUUUAAGGUUAUGGGAGAGAGUACGCCACCUUUAUUUUGGGACCAACAAACUUCUUGGCGAAUAACUCCAAUUAACCCGGUCUGGAGAGGACGAAAAAUUAAAGUUAACGCGAUAUGUUCAUUAACUGCAUUGAUUUGCCAGCGCAGCCAAUACACGGCGGGGUAAAUUAACGCGAGUUUAUGAAGGAUACAAUCAAUCUUCGUUAGCCAGGUUGUUAGUUUUCGCCAUUUAAAAUGAACAUUGUCCAUGAAUUAGUUGAGAAGGUAAAACAGGUACGCAUAUUUCUCAGCCUCCCUUUAGAGAACGAUUUUUGUAUCUUAGCGCUUGGAAACCUAUGGGAAACAGCCUGAGUCAGACUUCCUUUAUUUCAUUGCGCUGACUAAAAAUAUCCGUAGCACUCCACUGUACUCUAAUUUCCACCAGUUUGCUUGGCGGCUUCCGGCCUUACCAAUCGCAAAGUUGUUUUACCCCUGAGAAUAGUAUUUGCUCUCUCAAGUGUUGUGGUAGAUAUUUUGAGUUGAGCUUCUGCACUUAAUGCUAAUUAAUUUUGCCAGGAGGACUUUGGUUGUCCCACUAAUAAGUCAUGCCAUUUGUCUUAAUGUUGCACAAAAUCUUCAUUGAAUCAGGCAAUUACAAGUACUUCGCUGAUGACUUCUGCUUGGCAACUAUGCUAAAAGGAGUUUGCUUGCGCUGUCUUGGUCGACAAAUGCAGGCGAAAAUGUGUUUUAUGGAAGUCAUCAUGAAGUAAGUGUCUUGAAAAGCCCUAUCACCUCCUUAUCCUAACAAAUCUCUGCAGACCUUAAAAUAUUAUAACAUUAUGUUGGCUAGUAUUAAGUAAAAUACGCCAAGAGUUCCUGUUCCUAUGAUAUACUUGCAACAGUUUAUGAUAUCUGCAAACGGCGCAUUGGAAAUCAAGACACUCGUUCAUCCAUGUGAAACUUUCCACCUGCGAGGUCAAAGUGCUAACCAUCCAAACUUAUGCCUAGUACCCAACGUCUCAGUCACUGCGGCCGCAGUUGCUGACCGCGCGAAUUGACGGACGAUUCCACUGGAACAUGUUUAAUGCUAACUAAUCGAAAUACAAAACUGGCAAAUUAGCUGAAAGUUUGCAGCUAGCUAAAGUGUGACGGCCGACCGUUUGGAUUAACAUCGCGCGCUCCACAUCCGGCCUGUCAUACUUAUAUCUGCCGACUUUGCGAGUUGGUUUGUAUCGUUUUCACCCCAAGCCGCAGGUGUACCCAGUAUAAUGUGUUCGACAUUAGUGAUGAUUAGUAUAACCCACACUACGUGUUUUAUCCCCUACGUCCUGGCUUGCACAGGGAGCCUAUUAUUCUCUGAUCAGCGUUAUCGAUGGGAUUGCAGGGUGAAUCGCCUGUACCAGAAGAUUUAUAAUUCCGAAGGACACUUGAAAUAACCCCAUACGUUUUCAAAAAAUCCUUCAGGCAGACUCUGAGAACUAGAAAAAUUACAUCGUCAGUCCACAGUUUGGGCAGUGCUCUAGGCAAGCAUUUUCUAAUUGUACAGGCCACUGCCUCUCUUAUAAAAUAACAUCUGCCAUAAUUCGCACUUUCUGAAUAGCAAGGCGAGCUGAUUUUGACAUCAGCACUUGUUCUGCUCAAUUCCAGGAAAACUUCCUUCAGUGCAGAAGAAAUCGAAACAUGAUCAGGCAGCCCCAUCACAGUUAUACUUACUCUACUCAUGCUGGCCAGAACGACCUAAAGAUAGAAUUAUAGGAAAUCAAGAAACAUGUUUUCCUCUGUAUUAUCAACUCUAAGGUUAUAAGUAGGCACAGCAAGUUUGCUUCUUGCUCGAUUAACCAUUUCUCCCCAGCACUGAGGAACUCUUUCAGACAUCGCAAUUACUUAUUCUACCUCGAGAAUGCGAUAUACUCUUUGGAUGUGUUAGUUUUGCAACUUUUCUGCUCGUAGGAUCUUCCUUCAGUCAAGUUUCCCGACGAUAUUCCGUUUGGACAAAUGAUGCCUAUCUAGGCUACGUAGCGAGAUCGUAGUGUUUAUUUCAGUAACUGGCAAACUGUACAGAUUGAACUCCUUUUUAAUCAAACACUCGCGAGGUUUUAUGAAGCUACUUCGAAAUGUGACGUAGUAGAAACCAUUUUAAUAGGUCUCUUUGAUUCGUUCGACACUGGGCAUGCACAUAGGAUGAACACGAAAAGACACAAUGCACUUAUAACUUACACUGACUUUGUUUUCUAGGACAUGGUGUGAAUUUUAUACCACAAGAAUGCAGGUGGAAUUAAUGUAUAAAUAUGGAAAAUGUCAAGAUGUUAGGGUUCCGACUAAAUUGUUACGCUCUGGAGCGUAUGAUUAUCCAAGCAGCGGAUAUUAGGGAAACAUGCCAGCAGGGAUUGAGGUUUAAUUAUAUCAGUUAGCUCUACGUGAGAUAUCAAGUUCUGAAGACCAGAUAACGUGCCAAUUCCCAAACAUUUUAUAGGCAAACAUUCCUGAUGUGUCCAGGUGAAAUUGGUUUAUUAUUUGGAAUUCGUUCAUCGUUGUCAUUUUAAAACGACCUGGACUCCGCACAUUUAUGUUGCUUUUGCUAGUUAAGUUCUUACGAAUACCUUUUUGGCCUUUCUAAUCACAAAAGUGACAAAGUAUGCACAGACGUCUUCGAUAAGAAUAGUGAAGCCUGAGGAAAUCUGUGUCAGUUAAGAGUCUCCCAGCGAAAUAGGGCGCACGUUCUUCACUCCGAGAUGGUCUUAAACCAGAAAGUGAAACUACAUCUUUUGAAAUCCUCACAGUUGCCAGAAUCAACGGGUAAAACAGCGAGCACUUGAUAAUACGUUAUCCAGAUGACAUGGUAGAGCGAGAUCCGUAGCAAGAUCAGAAUGCAAGCGGAUCUAGAUAAAAUCAUCCAUACUUUUAAAAUGCAAAACUUAUUAUAAGCAAUUUGGAUAGCUGUGUUACCGACUCCCGACUACCUUAAGUUUAAACUUAUUUAUCCUCCUUGGUGUCUGUGCCCCACUUUCUUGUUAAUCCUUCAUCAGGCAUCCAUUCUCGUAACAGCAUUCUGCUCCGACUUUUAGCGCCAAAAAGAUCCAAGUGGAUACAUACUUGCUCCCCUUCAGCGAAGUUGAACUUUGCCAAAUAAGUCUUGACGAAGGUGACGUCGCCGAGGCCAAGAAGCACUUAGAGGCUGCGUGGUAAACUAUCGAACUGCAUUUUAUUUGAAACACGUGGUUACGUAAAUAUAUUCAGUAGGCAUAAAAAAGUACAUAUACAUAUAUACACACGUUGGAUCCCAUGGGAACUUUUAGGAACUAUCGCGGCUAUAGCCUCGAAGCUCGCCUUCACUUCCGACUUCAUGCGAUCAGUUUGGCACUGAAAGCCAAGAAGAAUGACAUUUCACAGGAUGUCAACGCAGUCCAGCCGUCACCAAUCGCAUCUUGGCAUGAAGGACUUUCAGACGCCGCAGCUCUUGACAAUGAUAACCCUUUCGAAGCAGAUGACGAUCUGCCCGCUGACGAUCCGAACGAAAUAAUCACCUUCGGAACUACUGGGUAUGUUGGCACUCAGUAAAUGGGAGUUAACAAUAUUCCAAGAUAUUAAUCAAUAGGCAAAAUGUUAUUAACGACAAAGACAAGGAAGACUGGAAUGGCCAUUUCUGGCUUGUCAGCCGUCGUCAGCUAGUCAUACCCAAACCCGAAGUGUGGGACACCUAGGGCUCGAACUCGCGACUCCUUAGUUGGAAGUCCAACGCCACUAACCACCGGGCCACGGCCCCGUUGUCCUGUUGGUUUUGGUCGUGAAUAUACUUUGUCGGUCAUAACAUUCUGCCUCUUCAUGCGCCGCUCUGCGGCUGCUGGUUGGGCUCGAGAGUGAGAGCCCGUAAGGCACAACGGAACGAGUGAGUUCCGUAAGAGCGAUCGGUGAGCGCCCCUCUACCAUAUUACUCCAUAUCACAUUUAUAUUCCAAGAAAAGACCUCUCCUUAACUCUUAGUCAUACACUGCACUUGGCAGUAUACUCCCCAGAGAACUGGCACACGCAGAUAAAUAUGACAAGAGGGUUUUUGGUUUGAUUUUGCUUCGCUUGAGAUCAGCUGCCGAUUUAAUAACAGAAAAUCAAGUUUUAUACAAACAAAUUGCUGGUGUUCUUAUACGAGUAGUUCUCAAGGUCAAACUAAGUUGUAAAAUUGAACUGGAUCGUCUUCAGAUGCAUCUUCUGGCCGUAGAAGCUUUAUAACCAGACAUACUUCGCAAUGACAGUUUCUUAAUUUGUCAGUUUUACCAAUUAACUUAGGACGACUACCAAUUCAAGGUGCGGCCGGAAGAAUUCCGUUACAUUCAUGCAGGCAUGUUCGCUUCCCAAACGGAGCUAAAAUUUAAUUCUGGUUUAUCAGAACAAGACAUAUAAGCCAACACCCACUACUAGAUCGUCCGCAUUAAUUUGAUUCUUUCUAUAGGCAGUCAGCUGUGUGA